GGUGUGGUGCGUAUCCACCUCUUGGAGGCUGAUGACCUGCCAGCGAAGGACAACUACAUGAAGGGGGUGAUAGCGGGGUUGUCUGACCCCUAUGCUCUGUGUAGGGUGGGGCCUCAGACCUUCACCUCCCAUGUUGUGGACAACACUGUCUGUCCCAAGUGGGGAGAGAUGUACGAGGUGAGGGGGCCAGGAGCCGGAGGAUUGUAAAAUCACUCAUUCCUCUGUCAUUGAAUGUCAUUGCCACAUAUUAGUGUUGCAUUUACUGUUGUCUUGAUUUCCAUAUCUUUGUUUAGGAAGAUAAUGCAUUACUUGGUAGAGAAUGCAUUGGUCCAGUAACGGAGUGGGGAUUCCCCUAUGUGUGUGUGUCUAUUAAGGAAAAUCCACUGCCAACUGAGUAAUCAUAUACAGUACACAGCCACAUUGUCUCCUCAUUCAAGUCCUGUGUUUGUUGGUCCUCAUGGUGUUGUGUAUGUCCAUGUGUGUGUGUCAGGUCAUAGUCCAUGAAGUACCAGGUCAGGAGCUGGAGGUGGAGGUGUAUGACAAAGACCCAGACAAGGAUGACUUUCUGGGGAGGUAGCUACAUCUCUCAGCCUGCCUGCCCAUGGGUUUCUGUGUGCCGCACUGCCACUUAUUACAGUCUCCCUUGACCUUUCACCUCUGAGUCAAAAGGAGAAGGAUAUAAAGUAUCCUAGUGUUUUAAAUGUAGUGUUAUCUUCUUAUCCUUAAAUACUAAUGCUUCUCCUUUCCUUCUUUUUCUCCAUCGUCUUGAUUUCUCUCUGUUUUUGUUUAUUUCUCUAUUUGUCUCUCUCCCUCUCUUUCCAUUGUCCUUCAGAAUCAAGAUAGAUUUGGGUAUCGUGAAGAAGUCCAAAGUUGUUGAUGAUGUGAGUUAUUUGUAUUAUUGAAUGUCUGAUAAAGUUAGACAUUUAACAAGAUAACAAUGUAACAAGAUGACCCAUUUAGAAGUAAUGUCUAUGCAUCCCCCAUUACGUUAUCAUCACAAUCUGUAUAUUUAUGCUUUGUUUCUCAGUGGUUCACCCUGAAAGAAACCAAGUCAGGACGGGUCCAUUUCAGACUGGAGUGGUUGGUCUUGCUGCCCAAUACGAAGCGACUGGAACAGGUCUGCAUCCGUAUCCUCCCUAUCAUAAUAUUCCUCCCGCAGUCAAUGUGACAGGAAUAUGAUGCUCUGGCUGUCUUGUAUUGUUAAACAUUGUGGUGACUGUGGACACUGGCAGUGAGCCCGUAGUGAAGGAAUGUGCAGAAUGAACCGUGCUUAGAGCUGAGUGCCUCUCCUCUCCUCUCCUCUCCUCUCCUCUCCUCUCCUCUCCUCUCCUCUCCUCUCCUCUCCUCUCCUCUCCUCUCCUCUCCUCUCCUCUCCUCUCCUCUCCUCUCCUCUCCUCUCCUCUCCUCCCCCAGGUUCUUCAGAGGAACGAGAGCAUGACGGUGUCCAGUAAGACUUCUGACCCCCCCUCGGCAGCCAUCUUGGCAGUGUAUCUGGACAAGGCUGAAGCCCUUCCUGUGAGUCACCACACCUCAUCAACCUCUCCCCCUCCUCUCUCAGCCCAAAGCUGCUUCCUGUCUGUGGCUGUGCUAGGGUACAGCUGUAACUGUCGUUAGGGUUCUUGUUACACAGUGUUGUUCCCUACCAUCUGCCCUUGUUCACUUCCCAUCACUGAGCUGAGAUAAUUGGAUAGGUGUAAGGAAUAUCUCCACCUAGCUUUCAGGUAGGCUCGGUGGAGUUUCUGCCAUGUUGCUUUCACCUAUCCAGUCCUACUCAGUCUGUUAAGGGGAGUGAAUGGGAGGUGAGGGGAGAGAACAACAGCCAUAGUGGUGGUGUGUUCAGCUUUAGACUUCCUGAAACUGUUUGCACGCAGCUCUGUUGUUUCCUCUGUGUGUCAGGACACCUUUGAUUUCUGUACUGUUUUUGGCAGUUGCCAUGCAACAUCUAUGCCAGUGGUUACCAAUCCUAGAUCUAUAGCGCUACAGAGUGUGCAGGCUUUUGUUACAAACCAUAUGUCUUAACUAAUCUAAUCUAAUCAUCAAUCAUUUGAUUAGUUGAAUCAGUUGUAGUGCUGAGAGAUUAGUGCUUUUUGAGGUUGGUUCGGUUUCGGUUUGAUUAUGAAAACAUAAUCACAGUAAUAUUAAAUAAUGGCAUAACAAUGAUUUUAGAGCUUUUUAAUGGAAAUUCCCAGGCCCGAAAAUAGUGAAAAUCAAUAGAAAAAUAGUUAGUUACUAUGACAUAAUAAAAUAUUUCAGUUGUGUAUAUUACUUACAUUUUAUUUGAUAACUUUAUUAUUUUUAAUUCCUUAAAGUCACCAACUCAUCUCUGCUCAGGCAGUAGUAGUCAGCCAGCCAGACCAUCUUACCUAUGUGCUCCCCAUACUGUACUGUCUUUAGUCAUCCUAUUUAGCUAGGCUAGCCUUCCUGCCUAAGUAUGCUGCAGAGCUGUCUGACUAAAUCAUUUUACUAGUUCUUCAAAGUAGAUAAGGCAUACUUUCACCAACUGUCUGUCCCUCUCAUCGUUGUGUUGUGUACAUUCCUCUCUCAUGUGGUCUAUGUGUAGGCCUAUCAAACCUAACGUUGCAGGUGUAAAAAUGUAUCCGUCCAGAGAUCUGUAUAUAAUGACGAGAUGCUCAUGUCCCCGCCCUAACAAUGGGAGUCAUUGUCCCAAAGGCAGGAAGGCAGGCGACAAGUUAAGGUCCAAAAUAAGCCCAUAGAAACGCAUUGGGCUUAUUUUGGACAGAUUUUGGCGAGAGUGAAACCUCUCGCUUCGCCUCUUCCUCUCUGAUACGUCUCUGGCCGAGCCGGAAAAAACUGGCACAAUGGAUUAUGGUCAUUGUAGUUAAUUACCACGUUUCUGAGCUGAACUAGGUUGAAUAUUUGCUUAAUGAAAACUACAACUCCCUUCAGCCCAGCGUCCCUCAAAGUUCUUGACUUGAUUUCUCGCAUGAAUGAUUUGAUUUCUCUCUAGAGAAACACCACGUUGGGCUCACAAUUUUUUUUUACUGUACAGAACUAAAAUAUAAACACAACAUGCAACAAUUUCAAAGAUUUUACUGAGUUACAGUUCAUAUCAGGAAAUCAAGUCAAGUUAAAUAAAUUCAUUAGGCCCUAAUCUAUGGAUUUCACAUGACUGGUAAUACAGAUAUGCAUCUGUUGGUCAAAGAUACCUUUAAAAAAAAGGUAGGGGCAUGGAUCAGAAAACCAGUCAGUAUCUGGUGUGACCACCAUUUGACUCAUGCAGCACGACACAUCUCCUUCGCAUAGUGUUUAUCAGGCUGUUGAUUGUGGCCUGUGGAAUAUUGUCCCACUCCUCUUCAAUGGCUGUGCGAAGUUGCUGGAUAUUGGCGGGAACUGGAACACGCUGUCGUACACGUCGAUCCAGAGCAUCCCAAACUGCUCAAUGGGUGACAUGUCUUGUGAGUAUGCAGGCCAUGGAAGAACUGGGACAUUUUCAGCUUCCAGGAAUUGUGUACAGAUCCUUGCGACAUGGGGCCGUGCAUUAUCAUUCUGAAACAUGAGGUGAUGGCGGUGGAUGAAUGGCACAACAAUGGGCCUCAGGAUCUCGUCACGGUAUCUCUGUGCAUUCAAAUUGCCAUCGAUAAAAUGUAAUUGUGUUCUUUGUCCGUAGCUUAUGUCUGCCCAUACCAUAACCCCACCGCCACCAUGGGGCACUCUGUUCACAACGUUGACAUCAGCAAACCGCUCACCCACACGACGCCGUACACGUGGUCUGCGGUUGUGAGGCCGGUUGGACAUACUGCCAAAUUCUCUAAAACGACGUUGGAUGCAGCUUAUAGUAGAGAAAUCAACAUUAGAUUCUCUGAAAACAGCUCUGGUGGACAUUCCUGUAGUCAGCAUGCCAAUUGCCCGCUCCCUCAAAACUCGAGACAUCUGUGGCAUUGUGUUGUGUGACAGAAUUGCACAUUUUAGAGUGGCCUUUUAUUGUCCCCUGCACAAGGUGCACCUGUGUAAUGAUCAUGCUGUUUAAUCAGCUUCUUGAUAUGCCACACCUGUCAGGUGGAUGGAUUAUUUUGGCAAAGGUGAAAUGCUCACUAACAGGGAUGUAAACAAAUUUAUGCACAACAUUAGAGAGAAAGAACGUUUUUGUGGGUAUGGAAGAUUUCUGCAAUCUUAUAUUUCAGCUCAUAAAACAUGGGACCAACACUUUACAUGUUUAUAGAUUUUUUCAGUGUACAUGGAAUUCAAGUAAUUCAACCGACGUCGGUCAAUUCGUUUUUUAAUAACUGGAAAUAAAAUGAAAUGUUGGUUAAUCACUCAGCACUAAUCGGUUGUGUUAGUGCUGGCCCGGAACAAAAACCCCUGUAGUGUUGUUAAUGUUGGUUGUUUGUGUUGUGUCUUAUAUGUCAAUGUGUGUUUGUAUGUUUGUGUUUUAGAUGAAGAAGGGCAAUAAAGAACCCAGUCCCAUGGUGCAGUUGUCUGUGCAGGACAUCACACGAGAGAGCAGGGUAAGACUACCAGGGCAGUGACUUACUUAUUCCAUUCAGCUCCUAUAGUGGAGAAAAGGACCAAACAGUGCUACCACAGUAGUAGACUAUCAUAACCCUUUGCUUUGAAGUCAAACUCCCUCCUAUUUCACGCUCUCUAUUUUCCUUCAUGCUGCUUUUAGACCUGUUGGACGACCAUCAACCCAAAGUGGGAGGAUGCCUUCACCUUCUUUAUCCCAGAUCCACGCAAGCAGUCAAUAGACAUUCAGGUAUCUUGAUAUUGUAACUCCAUUCGAUAACAUGUUCUGCACCCAUUUGUCAUUAUGUUCAUUUAAUGAAUGAUGCAUUUCUGUCUGUGUGUCCUCGUAGCAUUCUGUUCAAUGACCACACUCUCUUUUCUCUGUGUGUAUUCUUCAAUGAACAUUCUCACUAUCCUCCCAUGUCUGUCUCAGGUGAAGGACAAUGAUCGGAUACAGACUCUAGGUAGCCUGUCCAUCCCUCUGUCCCGCCUGCUGUCCAGCCCCAACCUGUCUCUGGACCAGUGGUUCCAGCUAGACAAAUCUGGCCAUGCCAGCCGCAUCUACAUCACCACGGUGCUCAGGGUAAGGACUGGUACCUCCUCUCAAUCCCAACCUACAGUAAGGUUGAUGCACAUCUAAAACAAUUGCUCAGUUUAGCCUGUGUAAUGUAUUAUCCUCAUUCUCUCUCUCUCUCUCUCUCUCUCUCUCUCUCCUCUCCUCUCUCUCUCUCUCUCUCUCUUCUCUCUCGCUCUCUCUCUCUCUCUCUCUCUCUCCUCUCCUCUCUCUCUCGCGCUCUCUCUCCUCUCUCUCUCUCUCUCUCUCAGGUGUUAUGGUUGGAUGAGGAUAACAUUCACACAUCCUCUACAGAAGCAGCCAACCUAGCAGCAGGUCUCUCAAAGAUACGCCCCCAACAGACUUCCCCUGACCCCAGCUUUGCCACAGAGGUAAAUAAUGCCAUGUUUAUGAGGACACAGCAAUACACAUGGACAUACAUUUUAUUGUUUUCAAUGUAGUUACAGUUAAACUAGGUGAAAGUGUGACUGCAAUAUUGAAGAAUGUCAGUCUGUGAUGAAGUAAAGUGUUUUGUUGUUUUAGGGGGUGCUGAGAAUCCACCUUUUAGAGGGCCAAAAUCUGGUCCCCAAGGACAACAUGAUGGGGGGCAUGGUGAAGGGCAAAAGUGACCCCUAUGUCAAGAUCAACAUUGGGGGUGAGACCUUUGAAAGCCGGGUCAUCAAUAGGAACCUCAACCCCACCUGGAACGAGAUGUAUGAGGUACGAUAUUACAUAGUGGUCAUGAUUUUAUUUGGUUGACCCAAUAAGUCAAAUCUUGUGAAAUAUAAUCUUCAUUUCAAAUCAGAUAUUUUCAACAAAACAAAGAAAGCCAUUGUUCAAAACGGACAAUCAUGCCACUGUAGGGUUAUAAUGAGUUCAAGGAGGCCUCUGCACUUCAGUAAACAGUAGAACCUUAGAAUGAGUGCUCAACAACCAAGACAGCAGUCUAAAACUGAGGACUUGCCCAUUAUUUUGAGGAAAAUAUUAGGUGACCUCAAAAUGUUUCCAGUUUUAGUAUGUAGAAUACUGCCCUUACUGAAGCUGUUGUUGUGUUGUCUCCCAGGUGGUUCUGACCACGCUGCCUGGCCAGGAGCUGCAUGUAGAGCUGUUUGAUAAGGACAUGGACAUGAAGGAUGACUUCAUGGGCAGGUAUGCAGGCUGUGACCCAAAUGGCACCCUAGUCUAUAUAUAGUGCACUACUUUAGGGUGCCAUUUUGGAUGUAGCUGGAGUCUCUGGGAGCAAGAUAGAUUUAUAUCUGUGGUGACUUUGGUGCCCCCUUGGGCAGGGACAUGUAACUAGUCCCACAGAUUUAUAUUUGCUCCAUAUUACAUUUGUUUGUACAGUAGUUGGCUCUCUAAGUUGUUUGCUCUCUGAUAGUGAUAUGUACUGUUACAGGUUGAAGAUCAGUCUGAAGGAUAUCAUCACCUCUCAAUACACUGACCAGGUGAGAUCUACAUGCCUGCAUGGGAGUUAACAUGCCUACAUACUCUAAUUUAAACAAACCAAUCACUGCACUGAAUGUUGAACUUUACCAUCCUAUGUGAAAGCUAUUUAGUUACCCUGUUUCAAUGGUAGGCUACACUGUGAGUUGUUGUCUCUCUGUUCCAGUGGUACACUCUGAAUGAUGUGAAGUCAGGUCGUCUUCACCUGGUACUGGAGUGGGUACCAACAGUAUCACAACCAGACAGACUGGAUCAGGUCAGUCCUAUUCUUCCAGUUUUAAAUUCACCCCCCAAAUAUUUGCAGUAUUAAACAGUAGAGUAAUACAUCCUUAUUCACAUACAGUGCAUUCGGAAAAUAUUCAGACCCCUUCACUUUUUCCACAUUUUGUUAGGUUACAGCCUUAUUCAUCAAUCUACACACAAUACCUCAUAAUGACAAAGCGAAAACAGGUUUUUAGAAAUGUUUGCAAAUGUAUUACAAAUAAAUAACAGAAAUACCUUAUUUACAUAAGUAUUCAGACUUUGCUAUGAGACUCAGGUGCAUCCUGUUUCCAUUGAUCAUCCUUGAGAUGUUUCUACAACUUGAUUGGAGUGCAGCUGUGGUAAAUUCAAUUGAUUGGGCAUGAUUUGGAAAGGCACACACCUGUCUAUAUAAGGUCCCACAUUUGACAGUGCAUUUCAGAACAAAAACCAACCCAUGAGGUUGAAGGAAUUGUCCAUAGAGCUCCGAGACAGGAUUGUGUUGAGGCACAGAUCUGGGGAAGGGUACCAAAACAUUUCUGCAGCAUUGAAGGUCCCCAAGAACACAGUGGCCUCCAUCAUUCUUAAAUGGAAGAAGUUUGGAACCAGCAAGACUCAUCCUAGAGCUGGCCGCCCAGCCAAACUGAGCAAUCAGGGGAGAAGGGCCUAGGUCAGGGAGGUGACCAAGAACCUGAUGGUCAACCCGAUGGUGACCAAGAACCCUAGGACAACCAUCUCUGCAGCACUCCACCAAUCAGGGUAGAGUGGCCAGACGGAAGCCACUCCUCAGUAAAAGACACAUGACAGCCCGCUUGGAGUUUGCCAAAAGGCACCCAAAGGACUCUCAGACCAUGAGAAACAAGAUUCUCUGGUCUGAUGAAACCAAGAUUGAACUCUUUGGCAUGAAUGCCAAGCAUCACGUCUGGAGGAAACCUGGCACCAUCCCUACAGUGAAGCAUGGUGGUGGCAGCAUCAUGCUGUGGGUAUGUUUUUCAGCGGCAGGGACUGGGAGACUAGUCAGGAUCGAAGGAAAGAUGAACUGAGCAAAGUACAGAGAGAUCCUUGAUGAAAACCUGCUCCAGAACUCUCAGGACCUGAGACUGGGCUGAAGGUUCACAUUCCAUUAGGACAACGACCCUAAGCACACAGCCAAGACAACGCAGGAGUGGCUUCGGGGCAAGUCUCUGAAUGUCCUUGAGUGGCCCAGCCAGAGCCCUGACUUGAACCCGAUCGAACAUCUCUGGAGAGACCUGAAAAUAGCUGUGCAGCAACGCUCCCCAUCCAACCUGACAGAGCUUGAGAGGAUCUGCAGAGAAGAAUGGGAGAAACUCCCCAAAUACAGGUGUGCCAAGCUUGUAGCGUCAUACCCAAGAAGACUAAAGGCUUUAAUCGCUGCCAAAGGUGCUUCAACAAAGUACUGAGUAAAGGGUCUGAAUACUUAUGUAAAUGUAAAUAUUUCAGGUUUUUAUUUUUUAUAAAUGUGCAAAAACCUGUUUUUGCUUUGUCAUUAUGGGGUAUUAUGUGUAGAUUGAUAAGGGAAUAAAAACAAUUAAUCAAUUUUAGAAUAAGGCUGUAAUGUAACAAAAUGUGGAAAAAGUCAAGGGGUCUGAAUACUCUCCGAAUGCACUGUAGUUUAGGAGUUUAUUAAGGAGAUCAUGUUGAGAUCAUAGAAUCUGUUUAGCAAAUGAUACCUGAGUACAAAACAUAAGCAACUGAACAAAAAUAUAAACGCAACAUGUAAAGUGUUGGUCCAAUGUUUCAUGAGCUGAAUUAUUUUUUUUUUUCUUAUUUCUCAUAAAUUCUGUGCACAAAUGUGUUUAUAUCCCUGUUAGUGAGCAUUUCUCCUUUGCCAAGAUAAUCCAACCACCUGACAGGUGUGGCAUAUCAAGUAGCUGAUUAAAAAGCAUGAUCAUUACACAGGUGCACCUUGUGCUGGAGACAAUAAAAGGCCACUUUAAAAUGUGCAGUUUUGUCACACGACACAAUGCCACAGAUGUCUCAAGUUUUGAGGGAGCGUGCAAUUGGCACACCUGACUGCAGGAAUGUCCACCAGAGCUGUUGCCAGAUAAUUGAAUGUUCAUUUCUCUACCAUAAGCUGACUCCAAUGUUGUUUUAGAGAAUUUGGUAGUAGGUCCAACCGGCCUCACAAUCGCAUUCCACGUGUAACCACGCCAGCCCAGGACCUUCACAUCCGGCUUCUUCACCUGUGGGAUUGUCUCAGGGGGGGUGAGGGGGGCUCUGGUGCUGAAGAGUAUUUCUGUCUGUAAUAAAGCACUUUUGUAGGGAAAAAUGCUGGGCGAGGCUCCCCAGUGGGUGGGCCUGGCUGCCAAGUGGGUGGCCCACCCAUGGCUGCACUCCUGCCCAGUCAUGUGAAAUCCAUAGAUUACGGCCUAAUUUAUGAUUUAAAUUGAAUGAUUUCCUUAUAUGAACUGUAACUCAGUACAAAUUUUGAAAUUGUUGCAUGUUGUGUUUAUGUUUUUGUUCAGUGUAAUAGGCAGAAUAAAACAGUAGAGUAAUGCAUCCUGAAACACAGUGCCAUACAGUCCCACUGACCUGUUUCCAUUUCCCUCAGGUGUUCCAGUUCCAGUCCAGGCAGUCCUACCACAACAAGGCCUUUCCAUCCAUGGCUCUACUGUUUGUGUUUGUGGAGAGGGCUGACGGCCUACCUGUGCGUCUAAUCUUCCUCUUUCUCAGUUUGGAAUGGAUCUUAUGACUUUGUGUGCAGGGCUUAUGAUAAUGAUAUUAUGUUUAGAGGACUAAUUAUAUUUUGCAUAUGAACCAGGUGUUUAUUUCUGUGCACAUCUAGUGUGUGUGUGUUUUGAAUGUUUGUUUAUUGUGGUGUGUUUCUAGCUGAAGAAGAGUGGGAAGGAGCCAAAAGUGGGAGCUGAACUUGUUGUGGGGGGGACCUCCCAUAAAACGACAGUGAGACAGAUAACCCAUUCAAUGUGUCCUGUUUAAAAUUGAUAUAUGACACUGUAAAACCAUUCAAUGUGUCCUUAAAGAGGGACUGCCGCUAAAAAGCAAAUAAUUUUUUUGACUACAAAGUGUAAAUAGGAAAGUUUUGUUCAUAAAGUCAGUCUCGUCCAAAACUGAGAUUUGUGUGAUGAUAGGGAAAAAAUUGUAUAUCACGGAAUUAAGGGUACUGUAACAGUUUUCUGUGGGUUGGGAUUAUUUAUUUUAAUCCUGCCCACAGCUGGCAGCACUCAAGUAAUCAUCGAUUACACAAAAUACCUUUUGCGGUUAAAAUCCAAUGUACCAAAAAAUAUAUAUAUAUUACAUGGGUUUCCAUCGCAUUUUCAACUCUACUGAUGGUUAUAUAGCUAGUGUGCCCACUCUGGUCUUGGCACGUGCGCUGUAGCCAACAACUCGCAGAUACAGUGCGGGUAUAGCCUACAUGAUGAGAUUAUUAUGGACAAAAUAGCAAGAUAAUUUUUAUUUGUCAAACGGCAGCCAAGCAUCAAUGAUCAUGUCACCAGAAUAAGACUCUAGAUAUUUAUUGGAAAGGAGCAUCAAGCUCAUCACCUUGCAAUUUCACCACCCUGUGAAGUUCAUCAUAACUUAUUUAAUCUGUAGCCUAAUGAACUGCAUACUUUCCCGAUAAGUCGUAGUGGGAGGACCACACAACAUGUCAUAGUGUUACUCCAAGUUUACUUUGAAAUGAUGGUUAUUAUAUCAAUAUAUGCGCAUAAAAGCAUUUCCACCUUCAUUUUACGCAUAAAUCAUUUGACCAACAAAAAGAUCCCACCUUGUCUAACGUAUUUUGAUUUGUGGACAUUUGCUAAGUUUACCAACAAAUGUUCUGUUUCCGUCAGGCCUGUCAUUACAUUUGUUAUCUGACAUGUAAUUUACUCGCAUAAAAAGGUUGGAUGGAAACCUGGUUUAUGUCAGUGAAUUACAGCCCUUACCUCCUUUCUAUCUUUCUUAAGGUGUGUGAUCGCACCAUCUCACCCCAGUGGGACGAGCCUUUUUACUUCCUGGUUCAUGACCCCAGAGAGGAGAUCCUCAUAGUGAAGGUAUGUUACUUUUUAGAUAAGAGCUUAAAGAUGUGUGCUUUUAUAAAAGGGUGUUAUACUCUUCAAACAAUUACAUUACGCGGUCAUCCAUCCAUCUUCCAUUUUCUCUUCUACUCUAGUUGUCUCACAGUUGGACAUUGCCUAUUGGUUCUCUGGUGGUACCAAUGAGAGAGCUGCUGUCACAACCAGAUCUGGUCCUGGAUCAGUGGCUGAGUCUUGAUGGAGCCUCACCUGACAGUCAGAUUCUACUGAGGGCUGAACUCAAGGUGAGACAGACUCUUGCACUUACAGUUCUCUAGAAACGCUAGCUUACUCUGAAGGAGUCACUUUAGACGUGUAUUGAUUCAAUGCAUGAUGUUUUGUAAUAAGGUUAUAUGGUGGUGUUGUUAUUAAAUGUGUUGUUCUACUACAGGUGCUGUGUCCCAAGAAGUGUGAGAUUGAUGUGGAGAGGGCAGAUCAACCCAGAGCUCGAGCCACCUCCACUGCUGAACAGAUACUGGAGAGAGAGACAGUGCAGCAGAGGUAGAACAAAUGAGGGUGUACUAAUACACACACGCACACACACACACACACACACACACACACACACACACACACACACACACACACACACACACACACACACACACAUUUAACCAAUUUCUCUGUUCUUCCACCAUGUCUGCUCAGGUCUAGUUCAGUGGACACUCCCAGUGCUCCAGCCCCCAGCUCUCCCUAUAUCCCAGCACCAGUACCAGAGCCAGAGGAGGCUAAGAGGGUAACAGCUACUGAGAUGGUAGCUGAGAAGGUACCUGAGGAGGUCACUGAGGAACCCAGUCUUCCUGAAAUACUCCCCAGACACACCAACCCUGAGCCCACCUUUGGCUCUGAGGUGAGAUGCAGUGUGCCAGUGUAGGCCAUUAUUACAAUUAUUUUUCUUUUUGAGGUAUAUAGUAUCAAAUCAAAUGUAUAUAUAAAGCCCUUUUUACAUCAGCAGAUGUCACAAAGUGCUUAUACAGAAACCCAGCCUAAACCCCCAAAAAGCAGGCAAUACAGUUGUAGAAGCACAGUGGGCUAAGAAAAACUCCCUAGAAAGGCAGGAGCCUAGGAUGAAACCUAGAGAGGAACCAGGCUCUGAGGGGUGGCCAGUCCUUUUAUGGCUGUGCCAGGUGGAGAUUAUACGAGUACAUGGCCAUUAAGGCCAGAUUGUUCUUCAAGAUGUUCAAACGUUCAUAGAUGACCAGCAAGGUCAAAUAAUAAUCACAGUGGUUGUAGAGGGUGCAACAGGUCAGUACCUCAGGAGUAAAUGUCAGUUAGCUUUUCAUAACCGAGCAGUACCAUUUACUGUGUGAAUAAGAUAUUUCAUACUAUAUACAGUACUGUGUGAGUCAGGUAUUUCAUGCUACACUGCUGUAUUUUGUGCAGUCUUUUUACUAGUGUUUUUUUUAGGGGGUGCUGAGAAUCCACCUACUGGAGGCCCAGAAUCUAAUCGCCAUGGACAACCUGAUGGGGGGCCUGAAGAAGGGCAAGAGUGACCCCUACGUCAAGAUCAACAUCGGAGGAGUCAGGUUUAAGAGUCAUGUGAUCAAGGAGAACCUCAACCCUACCUGGAACGAGAUGUAUGAGGUAUGGUGGUAUACAGUAUCAAUAUUUGGCAUGUCAACCAUCAAUCCUGUCUAACAGAAUAUCGAAUAAAGCCAAAGUGACAAUAUUGCAAUUUAUUUGUAAUUAAUAAUGCUGAUAGUACUGAAUAGCAACAGAUAAAGAAUACGAUGAUGAGUAAGAAGAAGAAAUAGAAAGCAGAUAAGAUAUAUUUGGUUGCAAGGAUUUGGGGGGAGGGCUGUAAUGAUUCCAUCAGUCUUCUAAAACACCAGAGCUGAAAAAUAGAACAACAAAUGGGGAGAAGUGUUAAGGGUAAAUUAGAAUGGAUACAGUGUACUUUCACAUAGCUGAGGUACAACAACUAGCCUGAUUACAGUUGAUGCAUUCACUUAACUCCAUUAGUAGAGUCCACAAGUGACAAUUUUGACCCAAAACCCGAUCUUAAAUUCAAAGAUGCACUAUGUAGAAGUCGCUCUGCCAUUUCCUGCGUGAAAAAAUUCGAACAGUUUGCCUAAUUUCAGUUUAUGUGACAAAACAAGCAAGUAUAGUAUAAAGAAUCAUUGUACCAUCUAAACCGCUGUGAAAUAUAUUUUCCAUAACCAAAAAUAUUGUAUUUUGAGCUUGUUAAGAAGCUAAGAUUUAAAGUGUUUUUAUUUUAUUUUAUAGAAACCGAUCUUGUCUCUCUUACGUCAGCAGGAAGCAGAUUGUGCAGUCAUUCUUUCUAUCUGUUCUUGAUUAUGGUGAUACUAUUUAUCAAUGUGCAGCUGCCACUACUCUUAAACCCCUGGAUGCCGUUUAUCAUAGCGCCCUUCGUUUUAUCACAGGAGACAGUAUUAUUACUCAUCACUGCAUUCUUUACCAAAAGGUUGGCUGGAUCUCUAUAAAGUCACGUAGAUCACAUCAUUACGCUAGUUUUGUUUACAAAGCCCUGCUCCAUAAGCUUCAGACUUACCUAACAUCACUGUUAAGAUUUUAAAUUACAAGUUAUCAAACUCGUUCACGGAGUUGGUUAACUUUGGAGACUCCUUUGGUGUCUACAGAGUUAGGUAAAUCGGCCUUUAAUUUCCUUGCACCCUAUGUUUGGAAUAAUCGCAAAAAGACGUUUCGAUUGGAUGUUUUGAAUUCCCUAGGGCAAAUCAGACAGCUGACAGAGGAAUUUUUAUAAUGAAGAAUGUGUUUGUUUUAAUUGACUGUGUUUUGUAUUCUUAAUGUGUGUUUAAUGUGUAAAUUGUCUAUAUUUAUGUUUUUUCGAUACAUGCCUGUUGUAUGUGCUUGUUUUUGUAUUAUGCAGGGCUCAUUUGUAAAAGAGACUUAAGUCUCAAUAUGACUUCCUUGUUAAAAUAAAGGUAAAUAAUAAAAUAAUAACUUUCAGCUGUUUGAAGCUGGUGUACAAAACCGAAAGUAAAAGACGCAAAAACAAAACUUAAGAACGGGAAGCAUAGAAAUAGCGCACAUAGAACUGAUCUACGGCCUCUUAGACUUGCUUUCAAUGAGAAUGAUAGAUCUAUAACUCACAUUUCUAUGUGAAUUUAGUCGGAUCGCCCAAAGAGUUACAUAAUGCCACUUUAACUAUCCCAUUAAUCCAGCCGAGCAGUCAUCUGCACUUGCUUUUGUCCUUCUUUGGAGACUGGCUUCCCUCCUCUUUGGAACUUGACUCGCUCUCUUCAUCACUGAGGGAAGAACAAUCUGCCAUGAGGGACUUCUUUGGGUUGCUCUUCAGCUGAUCGAAGUGCAUCCUGUGCUGGGCAUUGAGUGCCUCUUCCAGGGCCUUACGUUUGACUGCCUCUUCCUCCUCAAGGAGCCUCUGCGUAGCCACCUGGAUAUCUAUGUAAAGGAUGAUUCUACUUUUCUAGGUCACCUCCGCAUCCACACGCUCAUUGUAAUCCAUUUUGAUAUCUAGAAUCUCCCACUCAGGAGUGAUCACAAGCUCCAGGGCUUGCUCUGUGAUAGGGGCUAGGGCAUUUGUUUCAGGUAACUCCCAAGCAACCUAGUGUACCAACUUUAGAAUUAACCCCAGCUCUGGCCAUAAGUCUACGCAACAUUGUAUUCUGAUGUUACUCAACCUUGUUAUGUCUGCCAUUUCUCACCUGUUUUCAACUUUAACUCUCUGCAUUCGCUGUAGUCUCUCUUUAUCUAACUGUGGGCUUUGUCUGUGGAAAGUCUGGAAACUGUUCUUUGUGGAAUUAUGUUUCAUGCAAUCUAUUGCUUUCUGAUGAAUAGGAGUAGAAAUGUGAAUAUUCAUUUGAAGUAUUUAUGACAUUUUGUCUGUCAACGACUGUCAUGAGUCCUGCUCUAUAGGUUUACUUAUAGUUUCCUCUCUAAGUGUUACCGUCAUUGUGAUGUUUGUCCCCAGACGGUGAUGACCCCACAGUCAGGUCAGGAGGUCCAGGUAGAGCUGUAUGAUAAAGACAUGGACAAGGAUGACUUCCUGGGCAGGUGAGAGGAACUGCUUUUGCGUUCCAAAUGGCACCCUAUGCCGUAUAUAGUGUACUACUUUUGACACUAAUUAGUGCACUAUGUAGAGAAUAGUAUUCCAUUUGGGACGCAAAUAAGUUGGGUCCUGUACUUUUUGUUAGCCAUGUUGUUCUUUGUCAAAAUGUUGUGUGUUUUCUGACUGUAUUUUUCCCUCUUGUGUACAGGUGUAACAUCAGUAUGAGAGACAUCAUACACUCCCAGUAUACAGACCAGGUAAGGUUUACAUGUCUCUCUCUGCUCUUGUACUAAAUCAUUUACAUCGGUAGUCGGUACACUCAUCUGUAUAAUGUGUGUAUUAGUUUUAGUACACUGUCUGAUGGGUGUUUUCUUGUCUCUUGCAGUGGUACACUCUGAAUGAUGUGAAGUCAGGUCGUCUUCACCUGGUACUGGAGUGGGUACCAACAGUAUCACAACCAGACAGAUUGGAUCAGGUCAGUUCUACUUCUCUCCUCUCUGUGUCGACAAUUUAUAUAUUUUUCACACCUCCCCGCCCCUCUCCAUAGAUUUCCAGUGUUACUUUUGCCCUAUCCUCACCUCUCCCUAUCUCAGUACCACUUCUCCCCAUCUCUCUCUCAUUCUAUUACUAGUUUCUAACCUUUUUACCACCUGUUUCGAUGUUAUUGCAAUGUGAUUGAACUAAUUUCUCCCCAUGUUCCAGGUGCUGCAGCUGCAGUCUCUCCAGUCCUACCAGAACAAGGCUGUUCCCUCUGCUGCUCUGCUCUUCAUCUACAUGGACAGAGCCCACUCACUGCCUGUGAGUCACCUUUCACCAUUCACCAGUUCACCUCUGGCACUGAGCUAUUUUGAACUUUUGAACUCUGGCUUCAGGUUGAUGUCUAGUUUUGGCAGCUGUGUUGAUGUAUUAUGCAUAAAUGUUGAUAUGUUUGAUUUUUUUUGAAUUGCUCACAGUCAGUGUUUGGUUUUGACUGUUGUAUUGUGUGGUCUCUGUGUGUUUCUAGUUGAAGAAGAGUGGGAAGGAGCCAAAGGCUGGAGCUGAGCUUGUUCUGGGGGAGACAACCUACAGAACCAAGGUGAAAUAUAGUACCCUUAGAGCUGAAAUGCAAGACUUGUAACAGGAUCUGCCGUGAAAGUCAACUUCUCUGUCUCUCUGAAGGUGUGUGAACGUACCAACUCCCCCCAGUGGGAAGAGGCUUUCUACUUCCUGGUUCGUGACCCCAGAGAGGAGAUUCUCAUAGUGAAGGUGAGAGUUCAGUCUGCUUCAGGAUGGAGUCGCUAAACAUGGAUAAUGUUUAAUCGAAACAUAAUGUCACUCACUGUAAACAUCUUGCACAGUCACUGGUAAAUGUAAUUCAUCCACACAAAUCUCCCAUUCUACCCUUUUCUCUUUUCCUUUCUAAUUCACUCUUUAUUUAUCUUUCUCUAGCUGUCCAGUGCUUGGGAUCAGGCGAUGGGUUCUCUGGUGGUACCAGUCAGAGAGCUGCUGUCACAACCAGAUCUGGUCCUGGAUCAGUGGCUGAGUCUAGAUGGAGCCUCACCCUACAGUCAGAUUCUACUGAGGGCUGAACUCAAGGUGAGACAGACUCUUGCACUUACAGUUCUCUAGAAACGCUAGCUUACUCUGAAGGAGUCACUUUAGACGUGUAUUGAUUCAAUGCAUGAUGUUUUGUAAUAAGGUUAUAUGGUGGUGUUGUUAUUAAAUGUGUUGUUCUACUACAGGUGCUGUGUCCCAAGAAGUGUGAGAUUGAUGUGGAGAGGGCAGAUCAACCCAGAGCUCGAGCCACCUCCACUGCUGAACAGAUACUGGAGAGAGAGACAGUGCAGCAGAGGUAGAACAAAUGAGGGUGUACUAAUACACACACACACACACACACACACACACACACACACACACACACACACACACACACACACACACACACACACACACAUUUAACCAAUUUCUCUGUUCUUCCACCAUGUCUGCUCAGGUCUAGUUCAGUGGACACUCCCAGUGCUCCAGCCCCCAGCUCUCCCUAUAUCCCAGCACCAGUACCAGAGCCAGAGGAGGCUAAGAGGGUAACAGCUACUGAGAUGGUAGCUGAGAAGGUACCUGAGGAGGUCACUGAGGAACCCAGUCUUCCUGAAAUACUCCCCAGACACACCAACCCUGAGCCCACCUUUGGCUCUGAGGUGAGAUGCAGUGUGCCAGUGUAGGCCAUUAUUACUUUUUUUUUGGUAUUUAGUAUCAAAUCAGAUCAGCACGUCACAAAGUGCUUAUACAGAAAAGUAAGCAUUGCAGAUGUAAAAGCACAGUGGCUAGGAAAAACUCCCUAGAAAGGCAGGAGCCUAGGAAGAAACCUAGAGAGGAACCAGGCUCUGAGGGGUGGCCAGUCCUUUUCUGGCUUUGCCAGGUGGAGAUUAUAACAGUACAUGGCCAUUAAGGCCAGAUUGUUCUUCAAGAUGUGCAAAUGUUCGUAGAUGACCAGCAGGGUCAAAUAAUAAUCACAGUGGUUGUAGAGGGUGCAACAGGUCAGUACCUCAGGAGUAAAUGUCAGUUAGCUUUUCAUAACCGAGCAGUACCAUUUACUGUGUGAAUAAGAUAUUUCAUACUAUAUACAGUACUGUGUGAAUCAAGUAUUUCAUGCUACACUGCUGUAUUUUGUGCAGUCUUUUUACUAGUGUUUUUUUUAGGGGGUGCUGAGAAUCCACCUACUGGAGGCCCAGAAUCUAAUCGCCAAAGACAACCUGAUGGGGGGCCUGAAGAAGGGCAAGAGUGACCCCUACGUCAAGAUCAACAUCGGAGGAGUCAGGUUUAAGAGUCAUGUGAUCAAGGAGAACCUCAACCCUACCUGGAACGAGAUGUAUGAGGUAUGGUGGUAUACAGUAUCAAUAUUUGGCAUGUCAACCAUCAAUCCUGUCUAACAGAAUAUCGAAUAAAGCCAAAGUGACAAUAUUGCAAUUUAUUUGUAAUUAAUAAUGCUGAUAGUACUGAAUAGCAACAGAUAAAGAAUACGAUGAUGAGUAAGAAGAAGAAAUAGAAAGCAGAUAAGAUAUAUUUGGUUGCAAGGAUUUGGGGGGAGGGCUGUAAUGAUUCCAUCAGUCUUCUAAAACACCAGAGCUGAAAAAUAGAACAACAAAUGGGGAGAAGUGUUAAGGGUAAAUUAGAAUGGAUACAGUGUACUUUCACAUAGCUGAGGUACAACAACUAGCCUGAUUACAGUUGAUGCAUUCACUUAACUCCAUUAGUAGAGUCCACAAGUGACAAUUUUGACCCAAAACCCGAUCUUAAAUUCAAAGAUGCACUAUGUAGAAGUCGCUCUGCCAUUUCCUGCGUGAAAAAAUUCGAACAGUUUGCCUAAUUUCAGUUUAUGUGACAAAACAAGCAAGUAUAGUAUAAAGAAUCAUUGUACCAUCUAAACCGCUGUGAAAUAUAUUUUCCAUAACCAAAAAUAUUGUAUUUUGAGCUUGUUAAGAAGCUAAGAUUUAAAGUGUUUUUAUUUUAUUUUAUAGAAACAGAUCUUGCCUCUCUUACGUCAGCAGGAAGCAGAUUGUGCAGUCAUUCUUUCUAUCUGUUCUUGAUUAUGGUGAUACUAUUUAUCAAUGUGCAGCUGCCACUACUCUUAAACCCCUGGAUGCCGUUUAUCAUAGCGCCCUUCGUUUUAUCACAGGAGACAGUAUUAUUACUCAUCACUGCAUUCUUUACCAAAAGGUUGGCUGGACCUCUAUAAAGUCACGUAGAUCACAUCAUUACGCUAGUUUUGUUUACAAAGCCCUGCUCCAUAAGCUUCAGACUUACCUAACAUCACUGUUAAGAUUUUAAAUUACAAGUUAUCAAACUCGUUCACGGAGUUGGUUAACUUUGGAGACUCCUUUGGUGUCUACAGAGUUAGGUAAAUCGGCCUUUAAUUUCCUUGCACCCUAUGUUUGGAAUAAUCGCAAAAAGACGUUUCGAUUGGAUGUUUUGAAUUCCCUAGGGCAAAUCAGACAGCUGACAGAGGAAUUUUUAUAAUGAAGAAUGUGUUUGUUUUAAUUGACUGUGUUUUGUAUUCUUAAUGUGUGUUUAAUGUGUAAAUUGUCUAUAUUUAUGUUUUUUCUACACAUGCCUGUUUUAUGUGCUUGUUUUUGUAUUGUGCAGGGCUCAUUUGUUAAAUAUACUUUUGUCUCAAUAUGACUUGAAAUAAAGGUAAAUAAUAUAUUUUUUAUUUUUUAUUCAGCUGUUUGAAGCUGGUGUACAAAACCGAAAGUAAAAGACGCAAAAACAAAACUUAAGAACGGGAAGCAUAGAAAUAGCGCACAUAGAACAGAUCUACCACUUCUUAGACUUUCUUUCAAUGAGAAUGACAGAUCUAUAACUCACAUUUCUAUGUGAAUUUGGUCGGGUCCCCAAAAAGUUACAUAUUGCAGCUUUAACAUUUCCCUUGAUGUUUUUCCAUCGUCAAUAGCCUUUGGUCCUCUCCUGCAAUUUUUGGAUCUGUUUCUUUUUGGCUUUGGAUUUCUCCCACUCAAGCCAUUGACCCUCGACUUUCUGUCGAUUUGCUUCGGUCUUCAGGAGUUUGGUCCUCUUCUUUUCUUCCCUCUCUGCGCGGGUGACACCAACAUAGUUUCCCAAACACCAUUUGUAGACCUCCUUGUCUCUUUUGUGCACCUAGUUGUAGUAGGUGUGCUAAAUUUUCUGCUGAUUUUGCUCCUUAAAGUUGCACUAUGCGGAUAUCGCUCCAUUUCCUUGUUGCUAAAACGCUUAAUAGUUUGCAUAAUUUCAGUGUAUAUGACAAAAUAAGAUAGUAUAGUGUAGAGAAUCAUUGUACCAUCUAAGCCACUGUGAAAAAUAUUUUCCAUAACCAAAAAUAUUAUUGUUUCAGAUGCAAGAUGCAAAAACAAAACUUAAGAACGGGAAGCCUAGAAAUAGCGCACAUAGAACAGAUCUACCAUUUCUUAGACUUGCUUUCAACGAGAAUGAUAGAUAUAUUUCUAUGUGAAUUUAGUCGGGUCGCCCAAAAAGUUACAUAUUGCCACUUUAACUAUCCCAUUAAUCCAGCCGAGCAGUCAUCUGCACUUGCUUUUGUCCUUCUUUGGAGACUGGCUUCCCUCCUCUUUGGAACUUGACUCGCUCUCUUCAUCACUGAGGGAAGAACAAUCUGUUCCCUCUGGCCCCUCUUUUUCCUCUUCUGCCAUGAGGGACUUCUUUGGGUUGCUCUUCAGCUGAUCGAAGUGCAUCCUGUGCUGGGCAUUGAGUGCCUCUUCCAGGGCCUUACGUUUGACUGCCUCUUCCUCCUCAAGGAGCCUCUGCGUAGCCACCUGGAUAUCUAUGUAAAGGAUGAUUCUACUUUUCUAGGUCACCUCCGCAUCCACACGCUCGGUGUCAUCGAUUUUUAUGUCUAGAAUCUCCCACUCAGGAGUGAUUACAAGCUCCGGGGCUUGUUCGAUGAUAGGGUCUGGGCUAGGGCACUCGUCGUGAAGCCAGGAAUCAGGUUCUAGGUUGGCCAUGGGCCUUGGCUUGCAAAUAAUGAGCCAGGGUACCGGCACAGCCACAGCAGGCUCCUACCUUUUUUGGGGCCUGGUCUUUUUCACUCUGCACCAUGUCCAGGUAUUUUACCUCCCUGGCCUUAUCCUGGUUGAUCAUCUCUCUGAACUCGUCCAGCUCAUCAUUCCUCUCCUGCUUCUCUUGCCGGACCACUUCUGUCUGUUCCUCGUUUGUGACCGCAUCCAGCUUUCUCAGCCGGUCCUCCUUCCACUCUCUCUCCAUCUCGCAGUGUCUCUGCUCUUCCAGAAUUCGGGUCUGCUUGGCCAUCUGUGUCUUCAUCAUCUUCUGUCUCUCCUCCCUUUGUCUCUCCUCCUCUCUCUCCCGCUCUUCCUCCUGUUCCCUCUUAAUCUCCUCCAUCCUUCUCUUCUUCAACUUUUCUUUCUUGGUCAUUUUGGGAUGUUUCUUUCCCUCCCUGUCCUUCUCUAGCUCUCUGUCUCGCCUCUCUCUGUCUGACCUUUUCUUCUUCUCUUUCAAUUUCCCUCUGCCUUACCUCCUUUAAUCUCUCUAUCUCUCUUUGUUUUUCAAUCUUUUGCUGUUUCACAAACUCUUCUUCUCUCUGCCUGUCAAUCUGUCUCUGUCUAUCCAACCCUUGCUGCCUAUUUUUGUAUCUCUCUCUCUUUGUCCUUAUCCUUUAAAUACAAAUAUAUACACCCUUCACUUAAAAAUUCAACUAUGAUACAAAACCUAUACACAACCCAUACAGUGAGGGAAACAAGUAUUUGAUUCUCUGCUGAUUUUGUACAUUUGCCCACUGACAAAAAAUGAUCAGUCUAUAAUUUUAAUGGUAGGUUUAUUUGAACAGAAUAACAACAACAAAAUCCAGAAAAACACAUGUCAAAAAUGUUAUAAAUUGAUUUGCAUUUUAAUGAGGGAAAUAAGUAUUUGACCCCCUCUCAAUCAGAAAGAUUUCUGGCUCCCAGGUGUCUUUUAUACAGGUAACGAGCUGAGAUUAGGAGCACACUCUUAAAGGGAGUGCUCCUAAUCUCAGUUUGUUACCUGUAUAAAAGACACCUGUCCACAGAAGCAAUCAAUCAAUCAGAUUCCAAACUCUCCACCAUGGCCAAGACCAAAGAGCUCUCCAAGGAUGUCAGGGACAAUAUUGUAGACCUACACAAGGCUGGAAUGGUCUACAAGACCAUCGCCAAGCAGCUUGGUGAGAAGGUGACAACAGUUGGUGCGAUUAUUCACAAAUGGAAGAAACACAAAAGAACUGUCAAUCUCCCUCGGCCUGGGGCUCCAUGCAAGAUCUCACCUCGUGGAGUUGCAAUGAUCAUGAGAACGGUGUGGAAUCAGUCCAGAACUACACGGGAGGAUCUUGUCAAUGAUCUCAAGGCAGCUGGGACCAUAGUCACCAAGAAAACAAUUGGUAACACACUACGCCGUGAAGGACUGAAAUCCUGCAGCGCCCGCAAGGUCCCCCUGCUCAAGAAAGCACAUAUACAGGCCCGUCUGAAGUUUGCCAAUGAACAUCUGAAUGAUUCAGAGGAGAACUGGGUGAAAGUGUUGUGGUCAGAUGAGACCAAAAUGGAGCUCUUUGGCAUCAACUCAACUCGCUGUGUUUGGAGGAGGAGGAAUGCUGCCUAUGACCCCAAGAACACCAUCCCCACCGUCAAACAUGGAGGUGGAAACAUUAUGCUUUGGGGGUGUUUUUCUGCUAAGGGGACAGAACAACUUCACCGCAUCAAAGGGACGAUGGACGGGGCCAUGUACCGUCAAAUCUUGGGUGAGAACCUCCUUCCCAGCCAGGGCAUUGAAAUUGGGUCGUGGAUGGGUAUUCCAGCAUGACAAUGACCCAAAACACACGGCCAAGGUAACAAAGGAGUGGCUCAAGAAGAAGCACAUUAAGGUCCUGGAGUGGCCUAGCCAGUCUCCAGACCUUAAUCCCAUAGAAAAUCUGUGGAGGGAGCUAAAUGUUUGAGUUGCCAAACGUCAGGCUCGAAACCUUAAUGACUUGGAGAAGAUCUGCAAAGAGGAGUGGGACAAAAUCCCUCCUGAGAUGUGUGCAAACCUGGUGGCCAACUACAAGAAACGUCUGACCUCUGUGAUUGCCAACAAGGGUUUUGCCACCAACUACUAAGUCAUGUUUUGCAGAGGGGUCAAAUACGUAUUUCCUUCAUUAAAAUGCAAAUCAAUUUAUAACAUUUUUGACAUGCGUUUUUCUGGAUUUUUUUGUUGUUAUUCUGUCUCUCACUGUUCAAAUAAACCUACCAUUAAAAUUAUAGACUGAUCAUGUCUUUGUCAGUGGGCAAACAUACAAAAUCAGCAGGGGAUCAAAUACCUUUUUCCCUCACUGCAUUAAUGCAUUAAUACCCACACUCUCUGGCAAUAUAUCUCAACAAUAAUAACAACACCAUUUACUUGAAAUUAUACUAAAAGUAUAAAAUAAUAUAAUGUACGUUUUCAGGCAACAACAAUGAUCAUGAUGAGAACAACAACUACAGUACUAUUUUCCACUGUUAAACAGCUACUACUGCUACCAUUACUAGUACUCGUAGCACCAAUACUGAAUUAUAAUAGCUGUCUUACAUGCUCUCUUAUUUUCUCAAACUGGACAUGUCUCUCCAUUCAGGCUUUUUCUUCAGUUUGGUUCUCUGUUGUUUCUCAUAGGCCCUCAGCUUAACCUCUUCCUUGCAUCGAUUCUUGAAGUCUUCCAUCUCAGUGUUCUUCUUGCUCUCAAUUUCAAGCAGGGCCUCAUUCAGUCUGUCCUCACACUCUUCCUCUAUCCUCUGCCUUAAAGCAACCUCAAUCUUUCUUGCCAUCCUGUGAAGUUUCUCCAGUUCUCUUUUUUUUGCGAUCUCGUUCUCUUACUCUUUUCUCUCCCCCUUCUUCUUGCACCUCUCUUUGAGAGUUUCCAUAGCCUCCUGUGCUCGUUCGGCGUCGGCUACUUUCUCCUCCUCGAUGAGGCGGAGCUCAUCUCUCAACCUGUUUAUCUCGCUUUCCAUGUGUUGGCGGAGAGGGUUGUUGCACCUCGUAUUGGCACUGACAUUCUCUGCUCUCAUUGGUUCAUCCAUAAGUCCAGUCUGACCUCGACCCACAGGUCAAGAUCGCUCGACAGCAUACCUUUUCUGGUAUAGAACACACCAAUCAGUGAGCAGUCAUUGAUUUAAGCCCCAUCCCCAUCCCCAUCCCCUAACCUGAACCUUGACAAGUUGUGGUGAUACUGAUGAUUUGUCGCCACAGAUGGUUUGUUUACAUAGCAGGUUAGGAGAACUAACGUAGUAGGUUAGUGUAAUUACUAGCUUAAUUAAUGAAUUCAGAUACAAGGCCCGGUUGCAUAAAACAUUUUAAGUCAGUUUUCCCCAUAUCUUUUCCCUUAAAGUUUCCUUAACUUCAAGUCAGGUGCAAAAAACAUUUUAAGGCAAAUGUUCCCCUUAAAUUAAGUGAAAAAGUUAAGGGUGCCCAUGAGGUCCCUUAAGUGCUUAAUUCAGUAUGGAUAUCAAUGUAAACAGCAUUUGUGGAGGUGAAUGUUGCUUUCCUCUGUCCUGGUUUCAAAGGAAAAUAUCUACCAGUUAGCUAGGUAGCAACUUAGCUAAACAAUAGAAGGUGCAUAAUCCAUGGCUACAAAGCUAGCUGGCUAGCUAACUACCUACUCUGUUUAUUUAUUUAUUUUAUUUAACUAGGCAGUCAGUUCAGAACAAAUUCUUAUUUACAAUGACAGCCUACCAAAAGGCAAAAGGCCUCAUACGGGGACGGGGGUUGGGAUUAAAAAUAAAAAUAUAGGACAAAACACACAUCAAGACAAGAGAGACACCACAACACUACAUAAAGAGAGACCUAAGACAACAGCAUACCAUGGCAGCAACACAUGACAACACAACAUGGCAGCAGCACAUGUUAGCUUGUAAAUUAGCUUGACGUGCUAGAAAGUAAUAGAAACAAGUUGAGAAAAUAGUAACUAAAAGAAACGUGUUUUAUUAUCUUCUGAAUCAAUUUGUUUAUCCUGUAUUGAAUGUAGAAGUUCUAGUUUGUAAUCUCCCAAAAUAAAUGCUAUCUCUUUUUUAUUUUUUAUUUUUUUUAUGCUAUCUCUUUAAUGAGACUCGGUCAGUGAAUCAGGUAGUCUCCAUUGUAACCAGAGACUCUUUCUGCCAUACAUGCCUUCAAACUACCGUAAAACCCCUUAAAUAUGCCCUUACCUAAGGAAAAUGUUUGAGGGACUCUAUGCAACGCCCUUAAACAAUUCCCUUAGGUAAGGGAAAAUUGUUCCUUAAGGGAAAUCAUUAAGGGAAACACUUAAGAUGUUUUAUGCAACUGGGCCCAGGUACUUACCAACACCCUUCUUCACACAACUGACUACACAUCUGAAUAGCUUUCCUUGAUGUCAUUCGCAUUGUGAUGUCAUCCCUUAUGACAAUGGCAUCAUCCCUCUUGAGUGUCCUCAGUCCGGUGAGCAGUUGCAUAAAAGUGAACAUUUUCCCCCUUAGAGUUGAACAAAAGCCACAUAAUUUCCCAUGACCUAAUUUACCUUCAGAAAUCAUGGGUUGAAAAUCAAUGAUUUGUCACAUUUAAAUAUUUCCUUUGAAAGUUGCUUAACUUUUAUUUUCUGAAUAUGUUUUUUUACUUACCUUGGCUGUUCUCUAAACAAAACAGACAUUUGUUUCAAGUAACUCCUAAGCAACAUGUAUAUCAACUUUAGAAUUGACCCCAGCUCUGGCCAUAAGUCUACCCAACUUUGAAUUCUGACUUUAGUCAACCUUUUUAUGCCUGCAGUUUCUCACCUGUUUUCCGCUGUAGUCUCUCUUUAUCUAACUGUGGGCUUUGUCUGUGGAAAGUCUGGAAACUGUUCUUUGUGGAAUUAUGUUUCAUGCAAUCUAUUGCUUUCUGAUGAAUAGGAGUAGAAAUGUGAACUUUCUACACUUAAGAAUAUUCAUUUGAAGUAUUUAUGACAUUUUGUCUGUCAACGACUGUCAUGAGUCCUGCUCUAUAGGUUUACUUAUAGUUUCCUCUCUAAGUGUUACCGUCAUUGUGAUGUUUGUCCCCAGACGGUGAUGACCCCACAGUCAGGUCAGGAGGUCCAGGUAGAGCUGUAUGAUAAAGACAUGGACAAGGAUGACUUCCUGGGCAGGUGAGAGGAACUGCUUCUGAGUUCCAAAUGUGCACUAUGUAGAGAAUAGGAUGCCAUUUGGUUUGCAUCCAGGUUGGGUCCUGUACAUUUUGUUUGCCAUUUUGUUCCCUGUCAAAAUGUUGUGUGUUUUCUGACUGUAUUUUUCCCUCCUGUGUAUAGGUGUAACAUCAGUAUGAGAGACAUCAUACACUCCCAGUAUACAGACCAGGUAAGGUUUACAUGUCUCUCUCUGCUCGUGUACAGCUAGAGACCGUGCUGUUCAGAAAAGCUUUCAAGGACCUAUGUGAAUUCUGUUCUCCCGUCCACCGGAUCUGACAACUCCUGUAUAUAGCUUUGAUUGUUGUCUGUGUACAAUGUUGUGUGUUUGGAUUGUUUUUAUAAUUAUAAUUUGUAUUUUGUAUUAUUUUCUUCAGAGCCUUGGGUGUGAGAAAAGCGCUUUACAAAUUAAAUGAAUUAUUAUUAUUAAUGUCUGCCGUUCUCUCUUACAUCGAAACACUCAAUGUGUGUAAUACUUUUAGGUUUUGUACACACGGUCUGAUGUGUGUUUCUGUUCCAGUGGUACACUCUGAAUGAUGUGAAGUCAGGUCGUCUUCACCUGGUACUGGAGUGGGUACCAACAGUAUCACAACCAGACAGACUGGAUCAGGUCAGUUCUACUUCUCCACUGGUCUCUACAAUGUAAAUUCAUUUUACACCUCAUCUCCCCUCUCUGUAGUUUUCCAGUGUUAUUUUCCAAUAUCCUUACCUCCCCUUAUUUAAGGACCCCAUCCCACCUAUCUCUCACUCUCAUUUUUGUAACCUUUUGAUGGCCUGUUCUGAUGUAAUUCCAAUGUGAUCCCAUGCUCCAGGUGCUGCAGCUGCAGUCUCUCCAGUCCUACCAGAACAAGGCUGUUCCCUCUGCUGCUCUGCUCUUCAUCUACAUGGACAGAGCCCACUCACUGCCUGUGAGUCACCUUUCACCUCUUCACCUCAGACACUGUGCCACUUUGAACGUUUGAACUCUGGCUUUGCGUUGUUGUCUAGUUUUGCAGCUGUGAUAUGGGUUAUGUACAGAUGUUGAUGGUUUAUUUUGUCUAGUUGCUCACAAUCAGUUUUUGGUUUUGACUGUUGUAUUGUGUGGUCUCUGUGUGAUUGUAGUUGAAGAAGAGUGGGAAGGAGCCAAAGGCUGGAGCUGAGCUUGUUCUAGGGGAGACAACCUACAGAACCAAGGUGAGAUACAGUACCCUUAGAGCUGAAAUGCAAGACUUGUAACAGGAUUUGCCGUGAAAGUCAACUCCUCUGUCUCUCUGAAGGUGUGUGAUCACAUCAACUCCCCCCAGUGGUUAGAGGCCUUCUACUUUCUGGUUCGUGACCCCAGAGAGGAGAUUCUCAUAGUGAAGGUGAGAGUUCAGUCUGCUUCAGGAUGGAGUCACUAAACAUUGAUAAUGUUUAAUUGAAACAUAAUGUCACUCACUGUAAACAUCUUGCACAGUAAAUGCAAUUCAUCCACACAAAUCUCCCAUUCUACCCUUUAAUCUUUUAUUUUCUAAUUCACACUUGAUUUAUCUAUUUCUAGCUCUCCAGUGCUUGGGAUCAGGCAAUGGGUUCUCUGGUGGUACCAGUCAAAGAGCUGCUGUCACAACCAGAUCUGGUCCUGGAUCAGUGGCUGAGUUUGGAUGGAGCCUCACCUGACAGUCAGAUUCUACUGAGGGCUGAGCUUAAGGUGAGACACACUCACACAAACGUCUAUAUCCUCGAUUGUGUUCUCUACAGUGCCUAUAGAAAGUCUACACACCCCUUUGAUUUCUUCACAUUUUAUUGUGUUACAAAGUGGGAUUAAAAUGGAUUUAAUUGUAAUUUUUUGUCAACAAUCUACACAGAAUAUUUUAUUUUAUUUAAAAAACAGAUGAAUACUAAAUAAAACACUAAUAUAGCUUGAUUAUAAAAAGUAUUCACCCCACUGAGUCAAUCAGUACAUGUUAGAAUCACCUUUUGGCAGCGAUGACAGCUGUGUGUCUUCUUGGGUAAGUCUCAUAAGAGCUUUGCACACCUGUAUUGUGCAAUAUUUUCUCAUUAUUCUUUUCAAAAUUCUUCAAGCUCUGUCAAGGUGUUUGGGAUCAUGGCUAGACAAUCAUUUUCUAGUCUUGCCAUAGAUUUUCAAGCAGAUAUAACUGUAACUCGGCUACUCAGGAACAUUCACUGUGUUCUUGGUAAGCAAUUCCUGUGUAGAUUUGGCUUUGUGUUGUAGGUUAUUGUCCUGCUGAAAGGUGAAUUCCUCUCCCAGUGUCUGGUAUAAAGCAGACUGAUGCAGGUUUUCCUCUAAGAUUUGGCCUGUGCUUAGCUCCAUCCCGUUUCUUUUCAUCCCCAGUCUUUGCCCAUGUCAAGCAUACCCAUGCUUGCAAAUAAGGAGGCAGUUACUCUUUUUUUGUUGUUGCAGUUUUAUUUUAGUGCCUUGUUACAUACAUAUGCAUGUUUUGGAAUAUUUGUAUUCUCUAUAUUUGUAUUCUUCUUUUCACUCUGUCAUUUAGGACAUUAUUGUGGAGUCCCCUGUAGCUCAGUUGGUAGAGCAUGGCGCUUGCAACGCCAGGGUUGUGGGUUCGUUUCCCAUGGGGGGCCAGUAUGAAAAUGUAUGCACUCACUAACUCACUAACAGUUACAGUGGGGGGAAAAAGUAUUUAGUCAGCCACCAAUUGUGCAAGUUCUCCCACUUAAAAUGAUGAGAGAGGCCUGUAAUUUUCAUCAUAGGUACACAUCAACUAUGACAGACAAAUUGAGAAAAAAAAAUCCAGAAAAUCACAUUGUAGGAUUUUUAAUGAAUUUAUUUGCAAAUUAUGGUGGAAAAUAAGUAUUUGGUCACCUACAAACAAGCAAGAUUUCUGGCUCUCACAGACCUGUAACUUCUUCUUUAAGAGGCUCCUCUGUCCUCCACUCGUUACCUGUAUUAAUGGCACCUGUUUGAACUUGUUAUCAGUAUAAAAGACACCUGUCCACAUCCUCAAACAGUCACACUCCAAACUCCACUAUGGCCAAGACCAAAGAGCUGUCAAAGGACACCAGAAACAAAAUUGUAGACCUGCAACAGGCUGGGAAGACUGAAUCUGCAAUAGGUAAGCAGCUUGGUUUGAAGAAAUCAACUGUGGGAGCAAUUAUUAGGAAAUGGAAGACAUACAAGACCACUGAUAAUCUCCCUCGAUCUGGGGCUCCACGCAAGAUCUCACCCCGUGGGGUCAAAAUGAUCACAAGAACGGUGAGCAAAAAUCCCAGAACCACACGGGGGGACCUAGUGAAUGACCUGCAGAGAGCUGGGACCAAAGUAACAAAGCCUACCAUCAGUAACACACUACGCCGCCAGGGACUCAAAUCCUGCAGUGCCAGACGUGUCCCCCUGCUUAAGCCAGUACAUGUCCAGGCCCGUCUGAAGUUUGCUAGAGUGCAUUUGGAUGAUCCAGAAGAGGAUUGGGAGAAUGUCAUAUGGUCAGAUGAAACCAAAAUAGAACUUUUUGGUAAAAACUCAACUCGUCGUGUUUGGAGGACAAAGAAUGCUGAGUUGCAGCCAAAGAACACCAUACCUACUGUGAAGCAUGGGGGUGGAAACAUCAUGCUUUGGGGCUGUUUUUCUGCAAAGGGACCAGGACGACUGAUCCGUGUAAAGGAAAGAAUGAAUGGGGCCAUGUAUCGUGAGAUUUUGAGUGAAAACCUCCUUCCAUCAGCAAGGGCAUUGAAGAUGAAACGUGGCUGGGUCUUUCAGCAAGACAAUGAUCCCAAACACACCGCCCGGGCAACGAAGGAGUGGCUUCGUAAGAAGCAUUUCAAGGUCCUGGAGUGGUCUAGCCAGUCUCCAGAUCUCAACCCCAUAGAAAAUCUUUGGAGGGAGUUGAAAGUCCGUGUUUCCCAGCGACAGCCCCAAAACAUCACUGCUCUAGAGGAGAUCUGCAUGGAGGAAUGGGCCAAAAUACCAGCAACAGUGUGUGAAAACCUUGUGAAGACUUACAGAAAACGUUUGACCUGUGUCAUUGCCAACAAAGGGUAUAUAACAAAGUAUUGAGAAACUUUUGUUAUUGACCAAAUACUUAUUUUCCACCAUAAUUUGCAAAUAAAUUCAUUAAAAAUCCUACAAUGUGAUUUUCUGGAUUUUUUUUUCUCAAUUUGUCUGUCAUAGUUGAUGUGUACCUAUGAUGAAAAUUACAGGCCUCUCUCAUCAUUUUAAGUGGGAGAACUUGCACAAUUGGUGGCUGACUAAAUACUUUUUUUCCCCACUGUAUAUGUCGCUCUGGAUAAGAGCGUCUGCUAAAUGACUAAAAUGUCAAAUGUAAAAUACAAUGUUGUUGAUCAAUCCUCAGUUUUUUCGCAUCACCACCAUUGAACUCUGUAGCUGUUUUAAAGUCACCAAUGUUCUCAUGGUUUCCUUCCUGUCCUGCAGUUCAAAGCAUCUUUGAUGUGUCUGGAUGGUUUAAUAAAUAAUCCACAUAAUAAUUAUUAAUUUGACCAUGCUUAAAGAUAUAUUCAAUAUUUGAUUUGGUAUUGUUACCAAUCACUGCCCUUCUUUAUGAGGCUUUUGAAAAGCUCCCUGGUCUUUGUAGUUUAAUCUGUGCUUGAAAUUCAAUUAUUGACUGAGGGACCUUACAGAUGUUGUAUGUAUGUGGGAGAGAGGAAGGGGUAGUCAUUCAAAAAUCAUGUCAACCACUAUUAUUUCACACAGAGUGAGUCCAUAUAACUUAUAUGAUUUGUUAAGCCAAAUUUUACUUCUGAACGAAAUAAGGCUUGCUUAAACAAAGAGGGUGACUACUUAUGCAACAACUAUAUUUUAGUUCUUUAAUUUUUAUUAAUUUGUAAAAAUAUGUAUAUCAAUUUGUAAUUUUUUGACUAUCAAUGACAAAAAAACUACAAUCCCACUUUGUUAUGUAACAAAAUGGGAACAAACGUAAAAGGGGUGUAGACUUUCUAUAGGCACUGUAUACUAUCAAUCAACAUUUUUGAGUGAGGGACAGAAUGUGCCAUAGAGUACACAAAACGCCACGUUAUGUACUUUACCUGCACCUGGCAGUCUAAUCUUGUCAAAAAAAUACUGGUAAGUUAUUAGCGGCAUGUUUUUGUUCACAGAUCCUGAACUCGAAGAUGACUGAGGGUGUUGGGGUACCACAAGGCUCUGUCUCUGGUCCAGAAACUAUUAUGAGUGGGAGUUACAGUGAGGAGGAAGAACCAAGCACCAUUGAGGAGGACCAACACAGUGAGAUUCCCUCUGAAGAGUGAGUUGUUGUCUUGGCCCCUCCCAGCAUUCAAGUAGUUGAAUUGUUAUUAUAAGUUGAUUUCAAUUGAUGUGCAAAUGGCUGAAGUGUAUGUCAAUUAUAAAACCUUUUAGCAUAUGUGUCUCUUUGUGUGUUUUCAGAUCUGUUGCAGUCUCCAGCCAACCCUCUAUCUCUGAACCUGAGGAAGCAGAGGUGGUCUUUGAGGUCCCCAAAGAAGACCCCAGCCCUCCUGAGACACUCCCCACACACACCACCCCUGACCCUAGAUUUGAUACUGAGGUGAGAUACAGUAUGUGGAUGUCUAUGUAUGCAUAUCAUUAAGCAUUCUGUCUGGAUUGUAUUCAGAGUCAAUGUUUUUUUCUGUCACAAUCAGGGGUUGGAACUAGUUCAGGGAACAGAACUGAAAACCGGAAAAAGAGACAUUUUUCAAGAAACAUAAUCAGAACCGGGAACGAAAGUUAUCUAUACUGUUCCGAAACAGAACCGUUAUUUUAAAAGCAUGGGAACCGGUUAAUAACAUUAUUUUACGUUCCGGUUGUUUUUUUCCAGUCCCACAAAAAACGCAACAAAGCGCCUAUGCAAAGCCCUCCCUCUGUCAAUCAGAAACUUCUUCCAGUGUGUGUGCGUGUAGGCUGCCUGCCCCUCCCCCUCCGAAGCAUAGCUGUAGCCUACUGACGUUACAAGCGUGAUUCAGAAGAUAGGGAGACAGAUUUUUAAUUAGAGAAGAAUGAAUUUACUUUUUCAAUGCUACUUUGGGAUACUAUAGUUAUCAUAUUUCACAUUGGAUUUAUUAACUAGAAAAAGGUAAGACGUGUUUUUUAUUCUGGUGCUGCUCUGCACACACAAGCUUGUUAGCUGGCUAGCUAGGUCUGGUCCAACGUUAAAGCAACUCUGAAGUUCAAAGACAUUCAAAGUUCCUCUGUAGAAGCCGCUCCUCCGUAGGUAUAAUUCUGUAGGCCUAAUUCAGAUAAUGCAUGUCAUCGCAAGAUGCCCAGCGCUUCAAGCCAAGCCUCAUCCUCCACCCUCUCUCACUCUCUCCCCACCCACAUAAUUUCAGUUGCAUCUCGCACACUACACUUUUCUUUCCAUCACGCAUGUAAACAACUUACUGAGCUAUAGCUUGCCCGCUCCAUAGCAAGCUGCAUGAUUGGUGAAGUAAUUUAAUGUUGCGCUAGAUUUCAGAGGUUUAAAAAGGAACAGAAACUAACGAUAUAAACCGGUCCUUUUUUGGGGUUCGAACCGGUUCAGAACUUUAUUUUGCUGGUGGGAACAGUAGAACGGAACGAGAAAAAAUUAUGGUUCUGUUCAGAACAAAACAAUUGGAAAAUAAUUUCAUUUCCAACCCCUGGUCACAAUACACUGAAACCAAGAGUUAUGUAUUCAUGAAUCAUUGGUUUUGAAAUGAAUUGCAUGGCCAACUACAACUUUAUAGCUGUAGGUGAAAGCAUUGACAUGGGUUUUUGACCAGCAGCUAGCAGAGCCAGAAGAAACUAUCACCAUCACCCAACAGUCAGUCACAGCAGACACUGAGGAGCUCCAACCCUGGCAGGGGCCAAUGGCAGGGUGAGCUCCAUUCAACAACAGAUGCAGAGAGCUUUGCAUGUGCACUGACUUUUUGCAUUGAUAAUCUUCAGUGUGUUGAAGAAACUAUCAACAUGCUGUGUGUGUGUUCCUUUGUGAAUAUUCAGAUCUGGUACAGAGGACAUUGCCAGAGCUACAGUGUCUAGCCUUCCUUUUGUGUCUGUACCUGAGGAAGCUGAGGCCAUGCCUACUGUCAUCCCUGAAACACGCCCUCCUCACACUACCCCUCACCCAAGCUUUGGCACUGAGGUGGGUGCUUUACUGUAGGGACAACACAAAUACUGUAUACUGCCUUUAGCAAUAGUUUCAACCAAAAUAUUAGGGGUUGAAUAAAAAAUAUGUCAAUACUUUAUAUUGCUUUGUAUUUUGAGAAUGCUAUUGUCACUGCAGUUUUGUUGUUUGUCCUGUAGGGGGUGCUAAGAAUCCAUGUACUGGAGGCCCAGGAUCUGGUUGCCAUGGAUAAGCUGAUGGGGGGCCUGAAGAAGGGCAAGAGUGACCCCUAUGUCAAGAUAAACAUUGGAGGGGUCAAGUUUAAGAGUCAUGUGAUCAAGGAGAACCUCAACCCCACCUGGAACGAGAUGUUUGAGGUAUGGAGGGACUUGUAGUUUACUCAAUUAAUCUCUGUCGGCUAUUGAACUUUGUGCCCAUUUGAAUGAGCGUUAAAGGUAUUGUGCUGUACUGAAGAAAGUUAAAGCAAUACGUGUUAGGACAGAUUUUUGAUAUUUUGUACAAGUACUGUAUUUGGAGGGCUUCUCUCAUGUAAGAAUAUAUCUGAGACAUCCAGAAGUGUGUGCCUUUGCUACCUUUCUGCCUUAUUAUCAUGUAAUAGUAUUCUUUAUGUGUGUAGUUUUGUUGUUAUUUGUCUUCCCUGAUGUAUGUGUGUUUCCCCAGACGGUGCUGAACCCCCAGGCUGGUCAGGAGGUCCAGGUAGAGCUGUAUGAUAAAGAUAUGGAUGCUGAUGACUUCCUGGGCAGGUGUGUUGGAACUGGCCCAACUAUACACUGUUUAAUCAUUAACCUGCUAUUGAUAGUUAAGGAAUACAUCCCAAAUUGCACCCUAUUCCCUAAAUAGUGCACAACUUUUGACCAGAGUUCUAUGGUCCCUGGUCAAAAGUAGUGCACUAAAUAGGGAAUAGGGUGCUAUUUGGGACACACACAAGGUAAGACUGACAGUUUCAUGCACUUUGGUCUCAUGGUGGAUGAAAUGUUUGAAAUAUAAGAAAUGGUUCUACUUUUCUACUUUCACAUAUCAAAUAUAUACACUACCAGUCACACCUACUCAUUCAAGGGUUUUUCUUUAUUUUUACAAUUUAUUUACAUUGUAGAAUAAUAGUGAAGACAUUAAAACUAUUAAGUAACAUAUAUGGAAUCAUGUAGUAACCAAAAAAGUGUUAAACAAAUCAAAAUAUAUUUUUUGUUUGAGAUUCUUCAAAUAGCCACCCUUUGCCUUGAUGACAGCUUUGCACACUCUUGGCAUACUCUCAACCAGCUUCAUGAGGUAGUCACCUGGAAUGCAUUUCAAUUAACAGGGGUGCCUUAUUAAAAGUUAAUUUGUGGAAUUUCUUUCGUUCUUAAUGCGUUUGAGCCAAUCAGUUGUGUUGUGACAAGGUAGGGGGUUAUACAGAAGUUAGCCCAAUUUGGUAAAAGACCAAGUCCAUAUUAUGGCAAGAACAGCUCAAAUAAGCAAAGAGAAACGACAGUCCAUCAUUACUUGAAGGUCAGUCAAUAUGUAACAUUUCAAGAACUUUGAAAGUUUCUUCAAGUGCAGUCUCAAAAAACCAUCAAGCGCUAUGAUGAAACUGGCUCUCAUGAGGACCGCCACAGGAAUGGAAGACCCAGAGUUACCUCUGCUGCAGAGAAUAAGUUCAUUAGAGUUACCAGCCUCAGAAAUUGCAGUUCAAAGAAAUGCUUCACGGAGUUCGUCACAGAAACAUCUCAACAUCAACUGUUCAGAGGUGACUCUGCGAAUCAGGCCUUCAUGGCCGAAUUGCUGCAAAGAAACCACUACUAAAGGACACCAAUAAGAAGAAGAGACCUGCUUGGGCCAAGAAACACUAUCAAUGGACAUUAGACCGGUGGAAAUCUGUCCUUUGGUCUGAUGAGUCCAAAUUUCUAAUUUUUGGUUUCAACCGCCGUGUCUUUGUGAGACGCAGAGUAGGUGAACGAUGAUCUCAGCAUGUGUGGUUCCCACCGGGAAGCGAGGAGGUGUGAUGGUGUGGGGGUGCUUUGCUGGUGACACUGUCAGUGAUUUAUUUAGAAUUCAAGGCACACUUAACCAGCAUGGCUACCACAGCAUUCUGCAGCGAUACGCCAUCCCAUCUGGUUUGCGCUUAGUGGGACUAUCGUUUGUUUUUCAACAGGACAAUAACCCAAAACACACCUCCAGGCUGUGUAAGGGCUAUUUGACCAAGAAGGAGAGUGAUGGAGUGCUGCAUCAGAUGACCUGGCCUCCACAAUCACCCGACCUCAACCUAAUUGAGAUGGUUUGGGGUGAGUUGGACCGCAGAGUGAAGGAAAAGCAGCCAACAAGUGCUCAGCAAAUGUAGGAACUCCUUCAAGAAAAGCAUUCCUCAUGAAACUAGUUGAGAGAAUGCCAAGAGUGUGCAAAGCUGUCAUCAAGGCAAAGGGUGGCUACUUUGAAGAAUCUAAAAAUCUAAAAUAUAUUUUGAUUUGUUUAACACUUUUUUGGUUACUACAUGAUUCCGUUUGUGUUAUUUCAUAGUUUUGAUGUCUUCACUAUUAUUCUACAAUAUAGAAAAUAGUAAAAAUAAAGAAAAAGCCUUGAAUGAAUAGGUGUGUCCAAACUUUUGACUGGUACUGUAUUUAAAUGGACACAAUAAUGCAAUUCCUUUUUGAAAUGUUGCCAAAGCAUUUGUUUUUUGUGUGUGUGCAGGUCUAUGAUUAGGCUGAGUGAUGUCAUUAGUUCCCAGUACACAGACCAGGUGAGUCAGUGUAUUCAGGUAUUUACUUCUCUUUCUAGCCUGUCUGCUAGAAGGGCACUCCCUUUUAUUACUUGUAGGCCUAAUGUCAGGUCAAGGCCCUCAUGUUGCUACAAUAUAACUUGUGAUUGAGAGGUUAAGCUAAGUUGUCACUCCUUAGCUGAAUUUCCCCCCUUUAUUUUAUUGUGCUACAUUUGUAAACAGUCUAUUGGGUAUAUUUCUGUGUUCCAGUGGUACGCUCUGAAUGAUGUGAAGUCAGGUCGUCUUCACCUGGUACUGGAGUGGGUACCAACAGUAUCACAACCAGACAGACUGGAUCAGGUCAGUUCCACUCCUCCUUUUUUCAGUUUCUCUCUUAUCUCUCAAUCUAAUUUUCUUUCACUAUGAAUUUAGUUCAACAAUUUCUGUCCUCCCACCCUAUCAUACAAUCAUGUAUUCCUAGAACUCUUAAUGCAUAAGACUUACAUUCCAUAACUCAUGAGGCAUAACAUUUUACAUGUUAGUAGUCAUUUAUCCAGAGUGACUUACAGGAGAAUCGAACCAGAGACCUUUCGGUUACUUGUCCAAUGCUCUUAACCGCUAGGCUACAUGCCGCCCAUAACAGAGCACAACAUUAGUAUUGCAAGAUGUUGUUUCAAUUGGGGAUAUAGCUCAGUUGGAGCAUGGCGUUUGAACGCCAGGGUUGUGGGUUCGAUUCCCACGGGGGGCCAGUAUGAAAAAAUAAAAAAAUAAUGUAUGCACUCACUAACUGUAAGUUGCUCUGGAUAAGAGCGUCUGCUAAAUGACUAAAAUGUAAAUGUAAAUGUAAUUGAACUAUUUUCUCCCCAUGUUCCAGGUGCUGCAGCUGCAGUCUCUCCAGUCCUACCAGAACAAGGCUGUUCCCUCUGCUGCUCUGCUCUUCAUCUACAUGGACAGAGCCCACUCACUGCCUGUGAGUCACCUUUCACCUCUUCACCUCAGACACUGUGCCACUUUGAACGUUUGAACUCUGGCUUUGCGUUGUUGUCUAGUUUUGCAGCUGUGAUAUGGGUUAUGCACAGAUGUUGAUGGUUUAUUUUGUCUAGUUGCUCACAAUCAGUUUUUGCUUUUGACUGUUGUAUUGUGUGGUCUCUGUGUGUUUGUAGUUGAAGAAGAGUGGGAAGGAGCCAAAGGCUGGAGCUGAGCUUGUUCUAGGGGAGACAACCUACAGAACCAAGGUGAGAUACAAUACCCUUAGAGCUGAAAUGCAAGACUUGUAACAGGAUCUGCCGUGAAAGUCAACUUCUCUGUCUCUCUGAAGGUGUGUGAAUGUACCAACUCCCCCCAGUGGGAAGAGGCUUUCUACUUCCUGGUUCGUGACCCCAGAGAGGAGAUUCUCAUAGUGAAGGUGAGAGUUCAGUCUGCAUAAGGAUGGAGUCACUAAACAUGGAUAAUGUUUAAUCGAAACAUAAUGUCACUCACUGUAAACAUCUUGCACAGUCACUGGUAAAUGUAAUUCAUCCACACAAAUCUCCCAUUCUCCCCUUUCUCUUUUCCUUUCUAUAUUGAAUAAAAAUAUAAACGCAACAUGCAACAAUUUCAAAGAUUUUACUGAGUUGCAGUUCAUAUAAGGAAAUCAGUCAAUUGAAAUAAAAUCAUCAGGCCCUAAUCUAUGAUGUAAAUGUAAAUGUAUGGAUUUCACAUGACUGGGCAUAGCCCCACUUGGCAACCAGGCCCACCCACUGAGGAUACACGCCCAGCCAAUCAGAAUGAGUUUUUCCCCACAAAGGGGCUUUAUUACAGACAGAAAUACUUCUCAGCACCCCAUCCCCCCUCAGACGAUUCCACAAGUGAAGAAGCCGGAUGUGGAGGUCCCCCGUGGGAAUCGAACCCACAACCCUGGCAUUGCAAACGCCAUGCUCUACCAACUGAGCUACAUCCCUGCCAGCCAUUCCCUCCCCUACCCUGGAUGACGCUGGGCCAAUUGUGCGCCACCCCAUGGGUCUCCCGGUCGUGGCCGGCUACAACAGAGCCUGGAUUCGAACCAGGAUCUCUAGUGGCACAGCUACCGCAGUGCCUUAGACCACUGUGCCACUCGGGAGUUAAUUACAUUCUCUGGCUACAGCUCUGGUGGACAUUCCUGCAGUCAGCAUGCCAAUUGCACACUCCCUCAACUUGAGAUAUCUGUGGCAUUGUGUUGUGUGACUAAACUGCACAUUUUAAAGUGAUAUUUUAUUGUCCCCAGCACAAGGUGCACCUGUGUGAUGAUCAUGCCGUUUAAUCAGCUUCUUGAUAUGCCACACAUGUCAGGUGGAUGGAUUAUGUUUGCAAAGGAGAAAUGCUCACUAACAGGGAUAUAAACAAAUUUGUGCACGAAAUUUGAGAGAAAUAAGCUUUUUGUGCGAAUGAAACAUUUCUGGGAUUUUUUAUUUCAGCUCAUGAAACAUGGGACCAACACUUUACAUGUUGCGUUUAUAUUUUUGUUCAGUGUAAUUCACUCUUUAUUUAUCUUUCUCUAGCUGUCCAGUGCUUGGGAUCAGGCGAUGGGUUCUCUGGUGGUACCAGUCAGAGAGCUGCUGUCACAACCAGAUCUGGUCCUGGAUCAGUGGCUGAGUUUGGAUGGAGCCUCACCUGACAGUCAGAUUCUACUGAGGGCUGAACUCAAGGUGAGAGACACUCACAAACAUGUACUAUCAAUCAACUUCUUGGAGUGAGGGACAAAAUGUGCACAGGCUAUACAAAGCGCCACGUUAUGUACUUUAACUGCACUCUCCAUGUUUUUGUUCACAGAUCCUGAACUCGAAGAUGACUGAGGGUGUUGGGGUACCCCAAGGCUCUGUCUCUGGUCCAGAAACUAUUAUGAGUGGGAGUUACAGUGAGGAGAAGGAACAAAUCACCAGUGAGCAGCCAGUUACUGCAACCAAUGGGGAGGAGCAACACAGUGAGGUGCCCUCUGAGGAGUGAGUUUUUGUCUUGGCCCCUCCCAAUAUUCAUAAAGUUGAAUUGCAAUUAUACAUUUAUUGCAAAUGAUAUGCAAAAAUAUGCAGUGUACGCAAAUUAUAAAACCCUUAAGCAUGUGUCUCUCUGUGUGUUUUCAGAUCUGUUGCAAUCUCCAGCCAACCCUCUAUCUCUGAACCUGAGGAAGCAGAGGCGGUCUUUGAGGUCCCCAAAGAAGACCCCAGCCCUCCUGAGACACUCUCCACACACACCACCCCUGACCCCAGCGUUGAUACUGAGGUGAGAUACAGUGUAUGGGUGUCUGUAUGCGUAAUCUCUCGUGGGAAGAUUCUGCAUGUAGACCGAAAAAUCUGUUUGGACAUAAUGGGAUUUGUGAGAUAACGAGCAGCAGUAGUUCCAGUCUUUGGGUUUUUGUCACUGGUUAUUUGGACAUAUGUGGUCCUCUGUAGCUCAGCUGGUAGAGCACGGCGCUUGUAACGCCAAGGUAGUGGGUUCGAUCCCCGGGACCACCCAUACACAAAAAUGUAUGCACGCAUGACUGUAAGUCGCUUUGGAUAAAAGCGUCUGCUAAAUGGCAUAUUAUUAUUAUUAUUAUUACAUAUCAGUAUUUGGCGAAGGCAGUGCUUAAACUGCUUUACUACGAGUGCUUCGCGUGUUUGCCCACACGGAAUUAGAAGGGGGGGGGCUUUGGCUGACAGUUUCCUUUUGCAAGGGUGUAGACUUCGCAAACUGCCGGAACCCUCAAUUUCUAACACGUAUAGACCCAGAAGUUAAUCACGCAGAUUACCAAAUUAUGCAAGAUUUAACUUCUGUGUUAACAGGUAGCCUAGCGGAAGGUAGCCUAGCAGUUAAGAGCGUUGGGCCAGUAACCGAUAGGUUGCUGGUUCGAACCCCCGAGAUGACUAGGUGAAAAACCUGUUGAUGUGCCCUUGAGCAAGGCACUUAACCCUAAUUGCUCCUGUAAGUCACUCUGGAUAAGAGCAUCUGCUAAAUGACCCAAAAAAUAUAUAUAAUAGUAAUUUAUGUAUUCAAGAGACAUAUUAUAAUUGGUUUUGAAAGCAUUGACUGCAGGUGAAAGCAUUAGAAUGUGUUUUUGACCAACAGAUAGAGGAGCCAGAAGAAACUGAGGAACCUAUCACCAUCACCCAACAGUCAGUCACAGCAGACACUGAGGAGCUCCAACCCUGGCAGGGGCCAAUGGCAGGGUGAGCUCCAUUCAACAACAGAUGCAGAGAGCUUUGCAUGUGCACUGACUUUGCAUUGAUAAUCUUCAGUGUGUUGAAGCAACUAUCAACAUGCUGUGUGUGUGUUCCUUUGUGAAUAUUCAGAUCUGGUACAGAGGACAUUGCCAGAGCUACAGUGUCUAGCCUUCCUUUUGUGUCUGUACCUGAGGAAGCUGAGGCCAUGCCUACUGUCAUCCCUGAAACACGCCCUCCUCACACUACCCCUCACCCAAGCUUUGGCACUGAGGUGGGUGCUUUACUGUAGGGACAACACAAAUACUGUAUACUGCCUUUAGCAAUAGUUUCAACCAAAAUAUUAGGGGUUGAAUAAAAAAUAUGUCAAUACUUUAUAUUGCUUUGUAUUUUGAGAAUGCUAUUGUGUCACUGCAGUUUUGUUGUUUGUCCUGUAGGGGGUGCUAAGAAUCCAUGUACUGGAGGCCCAGGAUCUGGUUGCCAUGGAUAAGCUGAUGGGGGGCCUGAAGAAGGGCAAGAGUGACCCCUAUGUCAAGAUAAACAUUGGAGGGGUCAAGUUUAAGAGUCAUGUGAUCAAGGAGAACCUCAACCCCACCUGGAACGAGAUGUUUGAGGUAUGGAGGGACUUGUAGUUUACUCAAUUAAUCUCUGUCGGCUAUUGAACUUUGUGCCCAUUUGAAUGAGCGGUUAAAGGUAUUGUGCUGUACUGAAGAAAGUUAAAGCAAUACGUGUUAGGACAGACUUUUGAUAUUUUGUACAAGUACUGUAUUUGGAGGGCUUCUCUCAUGUAAGAAUAUAUCUGAGACAUCCAGAAGUGUGUGCCUUUGCUACCUUUCUGCCUUAUUAUCAUGUAAUAGUAUUCUUUAUGUGUGUAGUUUUGUUAUUUGUCUUCCCUGAUGUAUGUGUGUUUCCCCAGACGGUGCUGAACCCCCAGGCUGGUCAGGAGGUCCAUGUAGAGCUGUAUGAUAAAGAUAUGGAUGCUGAUGACUUCCUGGGCAGGUGUGUUGUAACUGACCCAACUAUACACUGUUUAAUCAUUAACCUGCUAUUGAUAGUUAAGGAAUACAUCCCAAAUUGCACCCUAUUCCCUAAAUAGUGCACAACUUUUGACCAGAGUUCUAUGGUCCCUGGUCAAAAGUAGUGCACUACAUAGGGAAUAGGGUGCUAUUUGGGACACACACAAGGUAAGACUGACAGUUUCAUGCACUUUGGUCUCAUGGUGGAUGAAAUGUUUGAAAUAUAAGAAAUGGUUCUACUUUUCUACUUUCAUAUAUCAAAUAUAUACACUACCAGUCACACCUACUCAUUCAAGGGUUUUUCUUUAUUUUUACAAUUUAUUUACAUUGUAGAAUAAUAGUGAAGACAUUAAAACUAUUAAGUAACAUAUAUGGAAUCAUGUAGUAACCAAAAAAGUGUUAAACAAAUCAAAAUAUAUUUUUUGUUUGAGAUUCUUCAAAUAGCCACCCUUUGCCUUGAUGACAGCUUUGCACACUCUUGGCAUACUCUCAACCAGCUUCAUGAGGUAGUCACCUGGAAUGCAUUUCAAUUAACAGGGGUGCCUUAUUAAAAGUUAAUUUGUGGAAUUUCUUUCGUUCUUAAUGCGUUUGAGCCAAUCAGUUGUGUUGUGACAAGGUAGGGGGUUAUACAGAAGUUAGCCCAAUUUGGUAAAAGACCAAGUCCAUAUUAUGGCAAGAACAGCUCAAAUAAGCAAAGAGAAACGACAGUCCAUCAUUACUUGAAGGUCAGUCAAUAUGUAACAUUUCAAGAACUUUGAAAGUUUCUUCAAGUGCAGUCUCAAAAACCAUCAAGCGCUAUGAUGAAACUGGCUCUCAUGAGGACCGCCACAGGAAUGGAAGACCCAGAGUUACCUCUGCUGCAGAGAAUAAGUUCAUUAGAGUUACCAGCCUCAGAAAUUGCAGUUCAAAGAAAUGCUUCACGGAGUUCGUCACAGAAACAUCUCAACAUCAACUGUUCAGAGGUGACUCUGCGAAUCAGGCCUUCAUGGCCGAAUUGCUGCAAAGAAACCACUACUAAAGGACACCAAUAAGAAGAAGAGACCUGCUUGGGCCAAGAAACACUAUCAAUGGACAUUAGACCGGUGGAAAUCUGUCCUUUGGUCUGAUGAGUCCAAAUUUCUAAUUUUUGGUUUCAACCGCCGUGUCUUUGUGAGACGCAGAGUAGGUGAACGAUGAUCUCAGCAUGUGUGGUUCCCACCGGGAAGCGAGGAGGUGUGAUGGUGUGGGGGUGCUUUGCUGGUGACACUGUCAGUGAUUUAUUUAGAAUUCAAGGCACACUUAACCAGCAUGGCUACCACAGCAUUCUGCAGCGAUACGCCAUCCCAUCUGGUUUGUGCUUAGUGGGACUAUCGUUUGUUUUUCAACAGCACAAUGACCCAAAACACACCUCCAGGCUGUGUAAGGGCUAUUUGACCAAGAAGGAGAGUGAUGGAGUGCUGCAUCAGAUGACCUGGCCUCCACAAUCACCCGACCUCAACCUAAUUGAGAUGGUUUGGGGUGAGUUGGACCGCAGAGUGAAGGAAAAGCAGCCAACAAGUGCUCAGCAAAUGUGGGAACUCCUUCAAGAAAAGCAUUCCUCAUGAAACUAGUUGAGAGAAUGCCAAGAGUGUGCAAAGCUGUCAUCAAGGCAAAGGGUGGCUACUUUGAAGAAUCUAAAAUCUAAAAUAUAUUUGGAUUUGUUUAACACUUUUUUGGUUACUACAUGAUUCCGUUUGUGUUAUUUCAUAGUUUUGAUGUCUUCACUAUUAUUCUACAAUAUAGAAAAUAGUAAAAAUAAAGAAAAAGCCUUGAAUGAAUAGGUGUGUCCAAACUUUUGACUGGUACUGUAUUUAAAUGGACACAAGAAUGCAAUUCCUUUUUGAAAUGUUGCCAAAGCAUUUGUUUUUUGUGUGUGUGCAGGUCUAUGAUUAGGCUGAGUGAUGUCAUUAGUUCCCAGUACACAGACCAGGUGAGUCAGUGUAUUCAGGUAUUUACUUCUCUUUCUAGCCUGUCUGCUAGAAGGGCACUCCCUUUUAUUACUUGUAGGCCUAAUGUCAGGUCAAGGCCCUCAUGUUGCUACAAUAUAACUUGUGAUUGAGAGGUUAAGCUAAGUUGUCACUCCUUAGCUGAAUUUCCCCCCUUUAUUUUAUUGUGCUACAUUUGUAAACAGUCUAUUGGGUAUAUUUCUGUGUUCCAGUGGUACGCUCUGAAUGAUGUGAAGUCAGGUCGUCUUCACCUGGUACUGGAGUGGGUACCAACAGUAUCACAACCAGACAGACUGGAUCAGGUCAGUUCCACUCCUCCUUUUUUCAGUUUCUCUCUUAUCUCUCAAUCUAAUUUUCUUUCACUAUGAAUUUAGUUCAACAAUUUCUGUCCUCCCACCCUAUCAUACAAUCAUGUAUUCCUAGAACUCUUAAUGCAUAAGACUUACAUUCCAUAACUCAUGAGGCAUAACAUUUUACAUGUUAGUAGUCAUUUAUCCAGAGUGACUUACAGGAGAAUCGAACCAGAGACCUUUCGGUUACUUGUCCAAUGCUCUUAACCGCUAGGCUACAUGCCGCCCAUAACAGAGCACAACAUUAGUAUUGCAAGAUGUUGUUUCAAUUGGGGAUGUAGCUCAGUUGGAGCAUGGCGUUUGAACGCCAGGGUUGUGGGUUCGAUUCCCACGGGGGGCCAGUAUGAAAAAAUAAAAAAAUAAUGUAUGCACUCACUAACUGUAAGUUGCUCUGGAUAAGAGCGUCUGCUAAAUGACUAAAAUGUAAAUGUAAAUGUAAUUUAACUAUUUUCUCCCCAUGUUCCAGGUGCUGCAGCUGCAGUCUCUCCAGUCCUACCAGAACAAGGCUGUUCCCUCUGCUGCUCUGCUCUUCAUCUACAUGGACAGAGCCCACUCACUGCCUGUGAGUCACCUUUCACCUCUUCACCUCAGACACUGUGCCACUUUGAACGUUUGAACUCUGGCUUUGCGUUGUUGUCUAGUUUUGCAGCUGUGAUAUGGGUUAUGCACAGAUGUUGAUGGUUUAUUUUGUCUAGUUGCUCACAAUCAGUUUUUGCUUUUGACUGUUGUAUUGUGUGGUCUCUGUGUGUUUGUAGUUGAAGAAGAGUGGGAAGGAGCCAAAGGCUGGAGCUGAGCUUGUUCUGGGGGAGACAACCUACAGAACCAAGGUGAGAUACAAUACCCUUAGAGCUGAAAUGCAAGACUUGUAACAGGAUCUGCCGUGAAAGUCAACUUCUCUGUCUCUCUGAAGGUGUGUGAACGUACCAACUCCCCCCAGUGGGAAGAGGCUUUCUACUUCCUGGUUCGUGACCCCAGAGAGGAGAUUCUCAUAGUGAAGGUGAGAGUUCAGUCUGCAUAAGGAUGGAGUCACUAAACAUGGAUAAUGUUUAAUCGAAACAUAAUGUCACUCACUGUAAACAUCUUGCACAGUCACUGGUAAAUGUAAUUCAUCCACACAAAUCUCCCAUUCUCCCCUUUCUCUUUUCCUUUCUAUAUUGAAUAAAAAUAUAAACGCAACAUGCAACAAUUUCAAAGAUUUUACUGAGUUGCAGUUCAUAUAAGGAAAUCAGUCAAUUGAAAUAAAAUCAUCAGGCCCUAAUCUAUGAUGUAAAUGUAUGGAUUUCACAUGACUGGGCAUAGCCCCACUUGGCAACCAGGCCCACCCACUGAGGAUACACGCCCAGCCAAUCAGAAUGAGUUUUUCCCCACAAAGGGGCUUUAUUACAGACAGAAAUACUUCUCAGCACCCCAUCCCCCCUCAGACGAUUCCACAAGUGAAGAAGCCGGAUGUGGAGGUCCCCCGUGGGAAUCGAACCCACAACCCUGGCAUUGCAAACGCCAUGCUCUACCAACUGAGCUACAUCCCUGCCAGCCAUUCCCUCCCCUACCCUGGAUGACGCUGGGCCAAUUGUGCGCCACCCCAUGGGUCUCCCGGUCGUGGCCGGCUACAACAGAGCCUGGAUUCGAACCAGGAUCUCUAGUGGCACAGCUACCGCAGUGCCUUAGACCACUGUGCCACUCGGGAGUUAAUUACAUUCUCUGGCUACAGCUCUGGUGGACAUUCCUGCAGUCAGCAUGCCAAUUGCACACUCCCUCAACUUGAGAUAUCUGUGGCAUUGUGUUGUGUGACUAAACUGCACAUUUUAAAGUGAUAUUUUAUUGUCCCCAGCACAAGGUGCACCUGUGUGAUGAUCAUGCCGUUUAAUCAGCUUCUUGAUAUGCCACACAUGUCAGGUGGAUGGAUUAUGUUUGCAAAGGAGAAAUGCUCACUAACAGGGAUAUAAACAAAUUUGUGCACGAAAUUUGAGAGAAAUAAGCUUUUUGUGCGAAUGAAACAUUUCUGGGAUUUUUUAUUUCAGCUCAUGAAACAUGGGACCAACACUUUACAUGUUGCGUUUAUAUUUUUGUUCAGUGUAAUUCACUCUUUAUUUAUCUUUCUCUAGCUGUCCAGUGCUUGGGAUCAGGCGAUGGGUUCUCUGGUGGUACCAGUCAGAGAGCUGCUGUCACAACCAGAUCUGGUCCUGGAUCAGUGGCUGAGUUUGGAUGGAGCCUCACCUGACAGUCAGAUUCUACUGAGGGCUGAACUCAAGGUGAGAGACACUCACAAACAUGUACUAUCAAUCAACUUCUUGGAGUGAGGGACAAAAUGUGCACAGGCUAUACAAAGCGCCACGUUAUGUACUUUAACUGCACUCUCCAUGUUUUUGUUCACAGAUCCUGAACUCGAAGAUGACUGAGGGUGUUGGGGUACCCCAAGGCUCUGUCUCUGGUCCAGAAACUAUUAUGAGUGGGAGUUACAGUGACGAGAAGGAACAAAUCACCAGUGAGCAGCCAGUUACUGCAACCAAUGGGGAGGAGCAACACAGUGAGGUGCCCUCUGAGGAGUGAGUUUUUGUCUUGGCCCCUCCCAAUAUUCAUAAAGUUGAAUUGCAAUUAUACAUUUAUUGCAAAUGAUAUGCAAAAAUAUGCAGUGUACGCAAAUUAUAAAACCCUUAAGCAUGUGUCUCUCUGUGUGUUUUCAGAUCUGUUGCAAUCUCCAGCCAACCCUCUAUCUCUGAACCUGAGGAAGCAGAGGCGGUCUUUGAGGUCCCCAAAGAAGACCCCAGCCCUCCUGAGACACUCUCCACACACACCACCCCUGACCCCAGCGUUGAUACUGAGGUGAGAUACAGUGUAUGGGUGUCUCUGUAUGCGUAAUCUCUCGUGGGAAGAUUCUGCAUGUAGACCGAAAAAUCUGUUUGGACAUAAUGGGAUUUGUGAGAUAACGAGCAGCAGCAGUUCCAGUCUUUGGGUUUUUGUCACUGGUUAUUUGGACAUAUCAGUAUUUGGCGAAGGCAGUGCUUAAACUGCUUUAUUACGAGUGCUUCGCGUGUUUGCCCACACGGAAUUAGAAGGGGGGGCUUUGGCUGACAGUUUCCUUUUGCAAGGGUGUAGACUUCGCAAACUGCCGGAACCCUCAAUUUCUAACACGUAUAGACCCAGAAGUUAAUCACGCAGAUUACCAAAUUAUGCAAGAUUUAACUUCUGUGUUAACAGGUAGCCUAGCGGAAGGUAGCCUAGCAGUUAAGAGCGUUGGGCCAGUAACCGAUAGGUUGCUGGUUCGAACCCCCGAGAUGACUAGGUGAAAAAUCUGUUGCAGUGCCCUUGAGCAAGGCACUUAACCCUAAUUGCUCCUGUAAGUCACUCUGGAUAAGAGCAUCUGCUAAAUGACCCAAAAAAUAUAUAUAAUAGUAAUUUAUGUAUUCAAGAGACAUAUUAUAAUUGAUUUUGAAAGCAUUGACUGCAGGUGAAAGCAUUGGAAUGUGUUUUUGACCAACAGAUAGAGGAGCCAGAAGAAACUGAGGAACCUAUCACCAUCACCCAACAGUCAGUCACAGCAGACACUGAGGAGCUCCAACCCUGGCAGGGGCCAAUGGCAGGGUGAGCUCCAUUCAACAACAGAUGCAGAGAGCUUUGCAUGUGCACUGACUUUGCAUUGAUAAUCUUCAGUGUGUUGAAGCAACUAUCAACAUGCUGUGUGUGUGUUCCUUUGUGAAUAUUCAGAUCUGGUACAGAGGACAUUGCCAGAGCUACAGUGUCUAGCCUUCCUUUUGUGUCUGUACCUGAGGAAGCUGAGGCCAUGCCUACUGUCAUCCCUGAAACACGCCCUCCUCACACUACCCCUCACCCAAGCUUUGGCACUGAGGUGGGUGCUUUACUGUAGGGACAACACAAAUACUGUAUACUGCCUUUAGCAAUAGUUUCAACCAAAAUAUUAGGGGUUGAAUAAAAAAUAUGUCAAUACUUUAUAUUGCUUUGUAUUUUAGGAAUGCUAUUGUGUCACUGCAGUUUUGUUGUUUGUCCUGUAGGGGGUGCUAAGAAUCCAUGUACUGGAGGCCCAGGAUCUGGUUGCCAUGGAUAAGCUGAUGGGGGGCCUGAAGAAGGGCAAGAGUGACCCCUAUGUCAAGAUAAACAUUGGAGGGGUCAAGUUUAAGAGUCAUGUGAUCAAGGAGAACCUCAACCCCACCUGGAACGAGAUGUUUGAGGUAUGGAGGGACUUGUAGUUUACUCAAUUAAUCUCUGUCGGCUAUUGAACUUUGUGCCCAUUUGAAUGAGCGGUUAAAGGUAUUGUGCUGUACUGAAGAAAGUUAAAGCAAUACGUGUUAGGACAGACUUUUGAUAUUUUGUACAAGUACUGUAUUUGGAGGGCUUCUCUCAUGUAAGAAUAUAUCUGAGACAUCCAGAAGUGUGUGCCUUUGCUACCUUUCUGCCUUAUUAUCAUGUAAUAGUAUUCUUUAUGUGUGUAGUUUUUGUUAUUUGUCUUCCCUGAUGUAUGUGUGUUUCCCCAGACGGUGCUGAACCCCCAGGCUGGUCAGGAGGUCCAGGUAGAGCUUUAUGAUAAAGACAUGGAUGCUGAUGACUUCCUGGGCAGGUGUGUUGUAACUGGCCCAACUAUACACCGUUUAAUCAGUAACCUGUUAUUGAUACUUAAGAGAUACGUCCCAAAGGGCACCCUAAUCUCUAUAUAGUGCACUACUUUUGACCAGAGUCCUAUGGUCCCUGGUCAAAAGUAGUGCACUAAAUAGGGAAUAGGGUGCUAUUUGGGGUGCACACAAGAUAAUAUUUACAGUUUCAUGCACUUUGGUCUCAUGGUGGAUAAAAUGGUUGAAAUAUAAGAAAUUGUUAAACUUUUCUACUUUCACAUUUCAAAUAUAUAAAUGGUCAAAAGAAUGCAAUGCCUUUUUGGAGAGUUGCCAAAGCAUCUGUUUUUUGUAUGUGUGCAGGUUUAUGAUUAGGCUGAGUGAUGUCAUCAGUUCCCAGUACACAGACCAGGUGAGUCAGUGUAUUCAGGUAUUUACUUCUCUUUCUAGCCUGUCUGCCAUGGGGCACUUUUCAUUGUGAGGUCAUUAUUGUUGUCACAGCUUAGCUUUAUUUUCCAUUUGAUUUUAUUGUGCUACAUUUGUAAACAGUCUAAUGGGUACAUUUCUGUGUUCCAGUGGUACACUCUGAAUGAUGUGAAGUCAGGUCAUCUUCACCUGGUACUGGAGUGGGUACCAACAGUAUCACAACCAGACAGACUGGAUCAGGUCAGUCCUAUUCUUCCUUCUUCAGUCUCCCCAUCUCUCUCUUUCCCUGUUAUUGUCUUUUCUUGAGAUAACCCUCUCUUGCCUCCCCCUAUCACUCUCUCUCAUACAAUCAUAGUGUGACAUAUUCAUACUGUUUACAUAAGAAGGAAGUCUUCCUGCAUCCAGAAUGCAGUUGACUCAAAUUACAUAACUCAUAUGAGGCUUUUGUAUUUAUUAGGGAUCCCCCCACCCCCCCACCCCCACCUAUGGCUGCACCCCUGCUCAGUUAGGGAUCCCCCCCCCCAUUUUAACUCCUGGCUCCCCAUGUUCCAGGUGCUGCAGCUGCAGUCUCUCCAGUCCUACCAGAACAAGGCUGUUCCCUCUGCUGCUCUGCUCUUCAUCUACAUGGACAGAGCCCACUCACUGCCUGUGAGUCACCUUUCACCUCUUCACCUCUGAUGUUGUUAUGUUACCAUGAUCUUGAUAGCCUACUAUAGUCUGAUGUUUGUGAUAAACUGUGAUGAUUAGCCUUGUUGUUUCCUUUGGUAAUUUUAGGUCUGUGCACACUUGUUCUCUUGUGUUGUGUAGUUCACCUCACUGUUAUAGGUGCAAUAUGUAGAAAUCGCUCCGGCAAAUCCAGGUUGCUAAAGUUCGAAUAGUUCGCCUAAUUUCAGUUUAUGUGACAAAACAAACAAUGUAUAGUGUAGAGAAUCAUUGUAACAUCUAAACCGCUGUGAAAUGUAUUUUCAAUAAGAAAAAAUAUUGUAUUUUCAGCUGUUUGAAGCUGGUGUACAAAACCGAAAGUAAAAGAUGCAAAAAACGAAACGUAUGAUCGGGAAGCAUAGAAAUAGUGUAUAGAACAGAUCUACCGCUUCUUAGACUUGCUUUCAAUGAGAAUGACAGAUCUAUAACUCACAUUUCUAAAAAGUUACAUAUUGCAGCUUUAAUGGUCUUAUGAUCAAGAUUUGAUGGUAUCAGUUAUGUCACUGAGUUACCCAUAGUGACAUAUCUCUGUGUGUUUCUAGUUGAAGAAGAGUGGGAAGGAGCCUAAGGCUGGAGCUGAGCUUGUUCUGGGGGAGACAACAUAUAGAACUAAAGUGAGAUUCUCACCUUACAAUAUCUUGCUUGUAAUUUGUCUUAGAUUGACCAAAUAACAUCUCCUUUCCCUAUCUCUCCUCGAUCUCUCUGAAGGUGUGUGAUCGCACCAACUCCCCCCAGUGGGAUGAGGCCUUCUACUUCCUGGUUCGUUACCCCAAAGAAGAGAUGCUCAUAGUGAAGGUGAGAGGUUGUUUGUUUGUGAUUGCAAGCACUUUGCUUCCUGUUUUAUUACUGAUUUAAUGCACAGUACAAUUUCUUUAUUGUCCACCCAUGUGGAAGUGUUGUUCAAGUCAUCAGUGUUAAUUUUUGACAACAAUAACUAUGACAAAAAAUACUUGUCAACAACCUAUUUUUCCUGACUAAAACGAUGACGAUAAUGAGCCGAGGUGCCCUGGAAAAUUUUUGUUGAUGAAAAUGUGACGAGAUGAGAAUUCCACGUGAGACUAAUAUACAUUUUAUUUGACAUGACAUGCGGACUGAAGCACGAGAGAGAGUAAGAGAGAAAGAGUAAAAAUUAUUGUUUCUAUACUGAACAAAAAUAUAAACGCAACAUGCAACAAUUUCAACUAUUUUACUGAGUUACAGUUCAUAUAAGGAAAUCAGUCAAUUAAAAUAAAUAAAUUAGGCCCUAAUCUAUGGAUUUCACAUGACUGGGCAGGGGCGCAGCCAUGGGUGGGCCUGGGAGGGCAUAGGCCCACCCACUUUGGAGCCUGGCCCACCCACCCACUGGGGAGCCAGGCCCAGCCAAUCAGAAUGAGUUUUUCCCCACAAAAUGGCUUUAUUACAGACAGAAAUACUCCUCAGUUUCAUCAGCUGUCCGGGUGGCUGGUCUCAGACGGUCCCGCUGGGGAAGAAGCCGGAAGUGGAGGUCCUGGGCUGGCAUGGUUACACGUGUUCUGCGGUUGUGAGGCCGGUUGGACGUACAGCCAAAUUCUCUAAAAAUACAUUGGAGGUGGCUUAUGGUAGAGAAAUAAACAUUACAUUCUCUGGCAACAGCUCUGGUAGACAUUCCUGCAGUCAGCAUGCCAAUUGCAUGCUCUCUCAAAACUUCAGACAUCUGUGGUAUUGUGUUCUGUGACUGCACAUUUUAGAGUGGCCUUUUAUUGUCCCCACACAAGGUGCAUCUGUGGAAUGAUCAUGCUGUUUAAUCAGCUUCUUGAUAUGCCACACCUGUCAGGUGGAUGGAUUAUCUUGGCAAAGGAGAAAUACUCAACAAUAGGGAUGUAAACAAAUUUGUGCACAAAAUUUGAGAGAAAUAUGCUUUUUGUGCGUAUGGAUCUUUAAUUUCAGCUCAUGAAAUAUGGAACCAACACUUUACAUGUUGCGUUUGUAUUUUUGUUCAAUAUAGUUGAGGUUAGUUAGAAGACAAGUUUCCUUUCAUUGGCAGAAUUGACAUCUUUCAGUUGCAUGGUCCUAUGGGAAAAAUAGUCUUUCACGUGCCUUUUUGCAAACUCCAGGUGUGCUAUCAUGUGCCUUUUUCUCAGGAGUGGCUUCCUUCUGGCCACUCUCCCAUAAAGCUCAGAUUGGUGAAGUGCUGUAGAGACUGUUGUCCUUCUGGCAGGUUCUCCCAUCUCAGCCAAGGAACUCUGUAAUUCUGUCAGAGUGGUCAUUGGGUUCUUGGUCACCUCACUGACCAAAAUCAUUUUUGCCCGGUUGCUCAGUUUGGUCGGACGGCCAGCUCUAGGCAGAGUCUGGGUAGUUCCAUAUUUUUUCAAUUUCCCAAUGAUGGAUGCACCUGAGCUCAAUUUGGAGUGUCAUUGCAAAGGGGUGUGAAUACUUAUGUAAAUUAGAUAUUUCUGUAUUUCAUUUUCAAUAAAUGUGCUAACAUUUCUAAAAACAUGUUUUCCCUUUGUCAAUAUGGGGUAUUGUGUGUAGAUGGGUGAGAAAAAAAAUAUAUUUAAUCCAUUUUGAAUUCAGGCUGUAACACAACAAAAUGUGUAAUAAGUCAAGGGGUAUGAAUACUUUCUGAAGGCACUGUAUAUGGUUAAUUAUGGCUGGCAUUGGUUACAAUCUGUCAGAAUAUCAAUGUUGCCAGCUAAGGUAAUGGGAUAGUAGGCCUAGUUGAACAAGGCUAUCUGAAUGUGCACAUGAUGGAAUUAGAGGUAGCCUAAAUAUUCAUUAUUUAAUAGAAAAAAAUGCACUGAUAACUGAAACUAACAAAGGAUGAAAUGACUAAAAUGUGACCAUAUAGCUGCCAAAAUUAACACUGCAGUGUAUUACAGAUUUUGAGAAACUAUAGUAUGUCUAUUGUCAAUGGCCCAUGUCUCUACAUGCAGCUCUCCAGUGCUUGGGAUCAGGCGAUGGGUUCUCUGGUCGUACCAGUCAGAGAGCUGCUGUCACAACCAGAUCUGGUCCUGGAUCAGUGGCUGAGUCUGGAUGGAGCCUCACCUGACAGUCAGAUUCUACUCAGGGCUGAGCUCAAGGUGACACACACACUUCUAUAUCCUCUAUUGUUUCUGUUGAAAUGAUUACUUACAAAAUGUAUCUUUCAACAGAUUCUGGACUCUAAAAUGGUGGAGCUGAUAGGUCAGGGAACUCUGCCGUGCGCUGCAGGAAACUGUGGGCAGGUGAAGCUGUCUCUGUCCUAUGCCUCAAAGAAGAAGAAACUCACCAUCACAGUCCACGCCUGCAGGUCUGUGUCUGAGUGUCUGCAUCAUUCAUAUCUCCACCAUGUCAUAUAGCAAGAGCCCAGAGUUUGUCAGGUCACAUGAUGGUCAGCAAGAACCCCUACAUAUAGCAUAGCUUUAAACUCACUGCUAAAGAAGGGGUCCCUUUAUGUAAUGAUAUCCGUAUCAUACAUUUUCACAAAAUCCUCAUACUGUACCUCUUUCUCUUACCUUACCAAUUGACAACACUUUUUAAGGCCAUGGAUCCUAUGUUAUAUGUUUGUGUAUAGGGAUCUAGAGUCGUCCAGUAAAGACGGUCUAGACACCUACGUUUCCCUCAUGCUGCUGCCAGACAAAAGCAAGGCCACCAAGAGGAAGACAAGCAUCAAGAAGAGAGACCUUAACCCAGAAUAUAACGAAAGGUGUGUGAUGUUAUCAGCAUUGGUGUGUGUGUGUGUCAGGGUUUCUGUUAGGAAAAUGUGGCGCCCGACAAGCGACUGGGACAUUUUUUAUUUAUCUGACAUUUGAGAAAUUGACCGGUCAUCCAUAUGCAUUGGGUGUAUAGUCCAGAGUGUCCACUCUCGCAGCCAGCGCCAUCAAUAAACGAGGGAUAUUGGCCAAAUGAGCCACAUUUACGUGUCCUUAAAAAACAGCCUGUAACAAAUUGCCAAAACACUAUUCCUUGUGUUUCAAUGUGUAGCAUAUACAAAACUAUAAUAUAGCCUAUUGUUUUAUUGGUUUUUACUUUCCUAAAACAAUAAUUGUCCACCUCACAGUUCAGCUGUCGGAGAAAUGAGCACUAAAUGCAUCAGGGCAUUGCAUGCAUAGGCCUAGGCGUCCACUGUACUUACUACGAUAUUAAUAUUUAAAACAUCUUAUAGAGAUAAAUAUGCCGGCGGCAUGCUACGACACCGACAUGCAUUUCUUUAUCCUUGUCAGAUAGGCUACUACGUCUGCUAUACAGAUAUAGGCGUACAGAAAUACGCUAAUUCGUACAUUUUUUAUCAGAAUUUAUUUUUAUAAAGAUAAGUAUUAUAUUGUUAGAUUAUAGGAGUAACUGGUAGGCCUAAAACAUUCAUCCUCACCUCAAGUUCAACUGUCAGAGUCAGUUGGAGUGCCGGUGGGCACUGCCUUCAUAUCAUAGGCUUGCAGUAUAAUUGGCUAAUAGCCACACCAUACUAACCCUUCACAGAAGUUUCUCAACUCUAUUAGGGUAAUAUCAAAAGUAACUCAAGCCAUUGUUUAUAGGGAAAAUACGAGCAGGAUAUUAUAUUGUGGCAAACACAACAUUACAGUUGGAACUUAAUUGGCCAAAGAAAAUGGCUCAACAGAAUGAAACAAAACACUUGUCAACUGGUUUAAACCUUCUCAAAAGUUUUGCACAGGCUAUAUUGCAGCAAUUACCAAGGAAGACUAGUGCCACCAUACCCAACAAAUGACAGCAAUAGGCUAAUGAUAUAUAUUUUACAACAGGCCUACUAAUAACCUAUCUUAAACUAAAUAUAGAGCACACAAUUAAAAAGACAGAUCGAACUUAAUUUAGCCAACAAAAAUAUCUCAGAACGAAACAAAAUACGUUUUGUAUAUUUAAAGAACUGGUUUAGAUAGUAAAUAGGCCUACAAUAAUAACAAUGAUAUACAAUAAUAAUAAUGAUUAUAAAAAGUUCAAAAAUUGCAUCCUACCUGCAUAGUGAGUUGCACAGUAGCCUGUAUUUGGCCACGCCAACGUUCUUCUCAUCUUUAUCCACUACAACAUAAAAACUUGUCCAUACGGAGGACAUUCCCCUUGUAGGCUUUUCACUAUAGGCAUACUCUCUAACUGAAAAAGGCCUCCAUCUUCGCAAUCAACAGUAGCUCAAGGCUUCUCUCUCGCUCUCGCUGUCUCCUCAGCAGCAGGCAUGUAAGGCAGCGUGCAAGGAGUGAGAGAAUAGUGCUGAGAACAGUGCCUUCAGAAAGUGUUCACACCCCUUGACCUUUUCCACAUUUUGUUGUGUUACAGCCUGAAUUUAAAAUGGAUUAAAUUGAGAUUUGUUGUCACUGGCCUACACACAAUACCCCAUAAUGUCAAAGUGGAAUUAUGUUUCUAGACAUUUUUGAAAUUAAUUAAAAAUGAAAAGCUGAAAUGUCUUGAGUCAAUAAGUACUCAACCCCUUUGUUAUGGCAAGCCUAAAUAAAUUCAGGAGUAAAAAUGUGCUUAACAAGUCACAUAAUAAGUUGCAUGGACUGACUCUGUGUGCAAUAAUAGUGUUUAACAGGAUUUUUGAAUGACUACCUUAUCUCUGUACCCCACACAUACAAUUAUCUGUAAGGUCCCUCUGUUGAGCAGUUAUUUUCAAACACAGAUUCAACCACAAAGACCAGGGAGGUUUUCCAAUGCCUCGCAAAGAAGUGCACCUAUUGGUAGAUGGGUAAAAAAAAGAAAGAAAUACAUUGAAUAUUCCUUUGAGCAUGUUGAAGUUAUUAAUAACACUUUGGAUGGUGUAUCAAUACACCCAGUCACUACAAAGAUACAGGCAUCCUUUCUAACUCAGUUGCCGGAGAGGAAGGACACCGCUCAGGGAUUUCACCAUAAGGCCAAUGGUGACUUUAAAACAGUUACAGAGUUCAAUGGCUGUGAUAUGAAAAGACUGAGAAUGGAUCAACAACAUUGUAGUUACUCCACAAUACUAACCUAAUUGACAGUGAAAAGAAGAAAGCCUGUACAGAAUACAAAUAUUCAAAAACAUGUAUCCAGUUUGCAAUAAGGCACUAAACAUGUCCUGAAUAAAAAGCGGUAAGUUUGGGGCAAAUCCAACACAACACAUCACUGAGUACCACUUUUCAUAUUUUCAAGCAUGGUGGUGGCUGCAUCAUGUUAUGGGUAUGCUUGUCAUCGGCAAGGACUAGGGUUUUUUUUAUGAUAAAACAAACGGAAUAGAGCUAAGCACAGGAAAAAUCCUAGAGGAAAACCUGGUUCAGUCUGCUUUCCAACAGACACUGGGAGACAAAUUCACCUUUCAGCAGGACAAUAACCUAAAACACAAGGCCAAAUAUACACUGGAGGUGCUUACCAAGACGACAUUUAAUGUUCCUGAGUGGCCUAGUUACAGUUUACACUUAAAUCGUCUUGAAACUCUAUGGCAAGACUUGAAAAUGGCUGUCUAGCAAUGAUCAACAACCACCUUGACAGGGCUUGAAGAAUUUAAAAAAGAAUAAUGUGCAAAGCUUUUAGACUUACCCAGAAAGACUCACAGCUGUAAUCGCUGCCAAAGGUGAUUCUAACACGUAUUGACUCAGGGGGUUGAAUACUUAUCUAAUCAAGAUAUAUUAGUGUUUUAUUUUUCAUACUUUUUUACAAAUGUUAUAAUUUUUCUUCCACUUUUACAUUACAGAGUAUUUUGUGUAGAUCGUUGACAAAAAAUGACAAUUAAAUCCAUUUUAAUCCGACUUUGUAACACAACAGAAUGCAGCCCGCUACAAUUGUAUUUAUCGGCUUUUCAUUUAUUUUAUCAGCCAAAAGCCGGCAAUUACCAGCUAACGGAAACCCUGGUGUGCUUGUGUGUUUGUGUGUGUGUGCUUGUAUUAUGAUCCUCAUGGGUACUGGAAAUCCCCAAAAGUCCCCACAAGGAUAGUAAACCAAGGAAGAUUCUCCCUCGUGGGGAUAUUUCCCAGGUCCCCACGAGGACAAAGGCUAUUUUAAGAUUAGGGGUUAGGUUUAGGUUUAGGAUUAGGGUUAGAAUUAGGGUUAAGGGUUAGGGUCAUGUUUAGGGUUAGAGAAAAUAGCAAAUCAAUUUUAGGUCCCCACAAGGAUUGUGUGUGUGCGUGACUCAGCAGAGUCAUUUGAACCUGUGGUAUUUGGCGGCAGAAUGUAACAGUAUUUUCCUCCUGUCUCUCUGUGUAGGUUUGAGUUUGAGCUGUCUGUGGAGGAGGCCAGGCGCAGGCAUCUGAGUGUGUCGGUGAAGAACAGCAAAGCCUCCUUCAGGAGCAGCGAUCUCAUUGGACAG